GGAGGGGAGGGGACAGGGAAGUCGAGGGCGGCGGCGAGCGGCGAUGACGUCAGUGGGCCGCGCCGCCUCGCCCUGGCACGGUGUGAGAGCCCCGGCUAGUGGCGCGAGCUUCGGAAUAAGUGGGAUCCGCGUGCGCGAGACCGAGAUCGCGGGUAAGGAGCUCAGCCCUGGGCAGGAGGAAGCGGGGCCGCGCGCGCGCGCCACAUACCCACAGAGAGCGAGCCUCCCCCGGCCCACCACUCCGGGCAGGUCCACUUGCGUGAGGGGGCGGCGAUGGCGACGGCCGGCAGCCUGCCAUGCCAUCCCUCGAGCAGGCGAGGAGCCCGGGGGCUCCCAGAUGCGAGUCCUCUUCCCACCCUGCUCGGGAGUCCGGAGCACCUGUUCGCGUUCCGGAUCUGGAGUAGGAAAGGGGGGCUUGUGUCUUGUGUCAGAGCUGGACACACUGGGUUGCCUGUACCGGUCGACCUGUGGGGAGGAAUCGGGGUGGGAGUCACGACCGUGAGGCAGGGCUGCCAAGUGUGGCAGAAGAGGACACGGCCGUCGCACCUGUCCUCAGGUAGGAGCUUCUUCCGUGUCGACCUGCUGCCCUAAAGUCGUCUGGUGAAUGCUGAGAGCUCCCUUGCACUGUUGGUCCGCAAAAAGGUUCAAAGAGCCUGUUGGAUCAUGCCAGUCCGGCAUCCUAUUCUCACAGCGGCCAACUAGAUGCCUGUGGGAAACCCGCAAGCAGGACCAGAGCUCACAAGAGCAGCUUCCACCCCCCUCCUGCGAUUUCCAGCAAUUGCUAUUCUGGAAUUGAUGGUGGAGGCACUCCAUGCAUUUGUCUAUUUUUUUAAAGCCAUCCCACGGUCUCCUGUGGGAGAGAGUUCUGCAAUGUAACUACAGUGGUACCUCUGGUUACAUAUGCUUCAGGUUACAUACGCUCCAGGUUACAGACCCCGCUAACCCAGAAAUAGUGCUUCAGGUUAAGAACCUUGCUUCAGGAUAAAAACAGAAAUCGGGCUCUGGCAGCGCGGCAGCAGCAGGAAGCCCCAUUAGCUAAAGUGGUGUUUCAGGUUAAGAACAGUUUCAGGUUAAGAACGGACCUCCAGAAUGAAUUAAGUACUUAACCUGAGGUACCACUGUAUACACUGCGUGAAGAAGUGCUUUCUGUAAUCUGUCCAACGUUCAGCUUCAAGGGAUGUCCACAAAUUCCCAUGUUAUGAGAGAUAACAUCUUUUCUCUAUCCACUUCCUCCAUGCCAUGCAUAAUUUUAUAAACUUCUAUGGUGUCACUUCUCAUCUUUUCUCUAAAGCAUUGUAGCUUUUCCUCAUAGGGGAGUUCCAUCUUCUAGCUCAGCAUUGUCUACGUUGACUGGCAAAGGAUCUCCACGGUUUCAUGCAGGACCUUUGGGGGGCAAGGGGGAAGCCACAGUUCAGUAGCAGAGCAUCUGCUUUGCAUGCAGAAGGUCCCAGGUUCAAUCCCCAGUGUCUCUCGCCCUGGAGAGCUGUUGCCAUUCAGUGUAGGCAUUGCUGAGCCAGAUGGACCAGUGGCCUGACUGUGUAUAAACCAGCUUUUUAUGUUCCUGGAGUAAGCAGAGAUUGAACCUGGUACCUUCUGCGUGCAAGACUUAUGCCCUACCACUGAGCUACGGUCCUUCUCCCAAGAACCUGCAGAGUUCAGUUUCUUGGCAAUGAAGGGGAGGGACUGAUUUUUUUUGUAGUAGCACCUUCUCUUUGAAAUCAUGGCCUUUCCAAAUUAAGGGGACAUGUCCAGUGACAAUACUGUUCACUGGGUCACACAGGCUUAUGUGCAUGGGAUUGUUUCUGGAAUAGACUGGGCUGCAGAAGAAUAACUGUCACUGGGGAAGCAGAGCCUAUUGCAUUUUCAGUGGGUAGAAUUGUUAAACAUUUUUCGAUACACUUUCUAUAAAUGAUGCUUUUGUGUAGUAUUUUUAUUACUAGCAUUUGCCUUUUAUUCAUGUGCUCUUUCCUUAAAUGCUAAAAUACGCAUCUCAAUGAAUUGUUCAUUAAACAUUAACCAACAAGCAAACACAUGUCUUUAAACAUUUUAUAGGGCCAGUUCUGCUUCAGGAGAGUUCUGUCUGAGUGUAAAGCAUUAAUGGCAUUAUAGAUGCAAUUCAGAAUUAUUUACAGAACUGGGAAUUUGGUCUUUUUAAAAACCUUUUUCUUUUUUGCAAUUUAAAAACUGACUAGUUUUUUUGACAACCAAGUAUACUACAAGGGCUCCUUCUCCUGUAAGUUCUCUGUUUUCCCAUUCAGCUGCUCAUUUCUGAAGAUUUGCUUUGCCUGAGCACUGAAUUGUUAUUGUUUUCUGUUAUAGUUAUAUUUCAACUUUAUAUUGAGGACACACUAUGAUGGUAAAUUUUGUCAGUGCUGCAUUUUUCUUUCUCUAUGAGCAAGUCCUUAUUCACAGUGCAAUCCUAAUCAUGUCUACUCAGAAGUAAGUCCUAUUGAAAUUAGUGGAGCUUUCUUCCAAGCAACUAGGUGUUAAGACUAUACCCCAAAUCACUUAAGCUGCAAUCCUAUCCCCACUUAACUGGGAGUGAGCCUCAUUGAACUCUCUGGAACUUACUUUUCAGAAGAUAUGAUGACUCUAACACUAGAGACAUGGUGUGCAGAAUUGCAAUAUAAUAGCAUGAUUGAGAACUCAGAUAUGUACAGUAGUACCUCGCACGACGAAUGCCUCGCAAGACGGAAAACUCGCUAGACGAAAGGGUUUUUUGUGUUGCUUCGCAAGACGAUUUUCCCUAUGGGCUUGCUUCGCAAGACGGAAACGUCUUGCAAGUUUGUUUCCUUUUUCUUAAAACCGUUAAUACAGUUGCGACUUGACUUCGAGGAGCAACUCAUAGCACGCGGUGUGGUAGCCUUUUUUGAGGUUUUUGAAGACUUUGGUGAUUUUUGAAGCUUUUCCAAAACUUUUCCGACACCGUGCUUCGCAAGACGAAAAAAACCGCAAGACGAGAAAACUCGCGGAAUGAAUUAAUUUCGUCUUGCGAGGCACCACUGUAUGUGGAAAAGAGUUGUGUUUGAAAUUAGCCAGGUGCUAGGCGCAUUUUGCACCUGGCUAUUGACCACUUGCAAUCAAGUGAAGAUGCUUGCGUGCCAGGAUGAUGCCUGACAUCUCCACCAUCUGGGGAUGCAUGCAUUGGAUUAUGACUGCUUUCACACACUAUUACCAUAUCCUGUAGAAUUCUAUCUAUUAUAUUUUAGCUGCACAAUCAGAAUGAAUUUCAGAAACCCAAAUGCUUUUUCUGUGCAGCCUGAGCAGGGGUGAGCCAAGGCUUGCACCCGGGGAGGUUACUUUGGUGCUGCUAAUGCAAAUAUUUUACUUCAUUCCCUGCCCCCACUCCAUUGCCUUGUGUAUAAGCUUAACAUAUUAACACCUCAAGGACAAAGCUUGCUGCUUCUGCCUCAACCCUGAGUCUGUAAGGACAGCAGGGCUCUGCAGGCUGUGUUGUGUAAGUUUACACCUUUCUUUAAUAAAGCACUAGAACUGACCAUUCUAGCGAUUUUGACAUCCUUUUGUAUCCCUGCACAAGCUCCUCACACAGUCCCUACACAACUGCAGAUGUGUGCAUAGUCACCUGAGAAUACAUCUCAUUGAACUCAGUAGCACUUGCUUCAACAGUAUAGAGGUAUAAAUAAGAAAGCUUGCAUAACUUUUUUGAAUAGUUUUCUGUAAAUGUUUGCCUUUUGUAUACAUUGUGAGCCUAGUAGGACAGUUUUGUUUGCUUCCCAGUUUACUUUUAAUUAUGCUAAAAUUGUUUUCCCUUCUAAAUUUGACAAAGUUGUAUUUUUGCAAUCUUGUUAACGAAACAUUGAGGUUCUAUUAUUUCUGUUUAUUUGUAAUCAGAUAUUUGGGUCACUGUAAUUCACAUUUAAAAAGGGGAAGACUUUUGAGAACAAAUUUAUGUUCUGUGAAAAAUAACUAAUUACAAUUCUCUGUUCAGCAGAAUUGCUUUUUUGUGCCCACUGAAACAGAUGCCUAAAAAAAUGCAAAUAUGCCUGGAAAAUUCCUCCUUCUGUGUGUUAAUGCUGAAGUUCUGUAGUCCAGGCUUUCAUUGAAACAUAGAACAUUUGGAGAGCAGAUUGGGAGCUGAAAAAUUAUAAAUGGAACUACAGUGGUACCUCGGGUUACAUACGCUUCAGGUUACAGACUCCGCUAACCCAGAAAUAGUACCUCGGGUUAAGAACUUUGCUUCAGGAUGAGAACAGAAAUUGUGCUCUGGCAGCGCAGCAGCAGCAGGAGGCCCCAUUAGCUAAAGUGGUGCUUCAGGUUAAGAACAGUUUCAGUUUAAGAACAGACCUCCAGAAUGAAUUAAGUACUUAACCCGAGGUACCACUGUAGUUUCCUUAAGAAAAUGUAACAGGGAAAGUAUUUGAUAUUGUGAUUGUAUAAGUAGGUAAGAUUUCUGUUUGAUGUUUUUGGAGUUGAGGCAGCUGCUUCUGAUUCAGAUUUUGCUCUGUGUAUUGUGCUUUGGAGGAGAGCAUUUUUUAAAAAAAAUAUUGGUAUUUGUAAAUGCUUUUCAUAUUUGUUAGCCACCUUGAACAUUUCAUGGAAUGGCAGAGAAGUGUUAAGUGGUGCAGGAUGUUUCAGUGUUUCAGAGGCUUCUUGCUGCGAGGGAAACUUGAAUCGUUUGCUUAUUUUCUCUUUAAUAUGUGUGACUCCAGUUCUAAAAAACUGCACGUAUUAUUUGUCUUUGUGGAAUUAAACCAAUGCCCCAUCUGUACCUUACAUUUAAAGCAGUAUCAUACAUGUAUCCAUGGAUUUCAACAAGUCUACAGUAAGCAUGUCUAAUGUUGGCUUUCACUCUAUAUUCUCAGUCUUCAUAUGAUAUAUAGUGGUUCAAUUAAAUAUUGAUUUAAAAUCUUGGGUUCAGUGAAUACUUAAAUUUCCAAAUACAGUAACAGGUGAAGUUGCCAUAUAGAAACUCAGAUAUAUAAGCUAGGCAGCAAAUAGCUCCUUAAACUAGGGUUAGUCACCAAACAGGAAUGCCUAGUUGCCAUUUUUGGGCAAGACAACUUGAAAAUUGUAUUUUUCAGUAUGACUUUUUGGUUCCUGAAAUUUAUUCUGCUUGUGCAGAUAAGAUAUCAUGGAUAGAAUUCUACAGGAUGUGUUUCUAGUGUGUGAAAACAGUCAAGAUCCAAGGAUCCCCAGGCAUGCAUCUCCAGAUGGUGGAGACAUCAGGCACUAUCCUGGUGAAUUUUAAAUGCUGCAAUAUAGAAUAGUUAAAUAGUGUAUAUACUUAUGCUGAUGGGUUUCUCUUGAAAUAUCUUUGGCAGAUUUUCAUGGAUCUCAAUAGUGCCAGUAGCAUUGUUCUUCAGGUCUUGACCCAAGCCACCAGUCAAGAUACCGUUGUGCUGAAACCGGCCGAGGAACAACUAAAACAGUGGGAGACACAACCAGGGUUCUAUUCAGUAUUGUUGGUAAGUCUUAAGUCAUUAUUGCAUCCUUCCCCCCCCCCCCCCUUCACUCCUCUGACUUCUUUCUUGGUCAAGAUAUAUAUUGCUCACCCCAAUGUAUAGAUAUAUAUAUUUAAAGGCAAAGGUGCUGUUUCUUGUAGCAGUUAAUCAAUUUUCAGCAGAGUUUUAGCAUUGGGGAAGGUAGACAUUAGGGCUUAUGGAAGCUAUUUUGUCUUUUUACUAGAACCUCAAGGUCCACCAACUGAGAUGCAGAAUUUAAUUAUUUGUUUUUGCAGAUUUACAGGAUACCUGCAGUCCACUCCUGCUGAUUUGGAGCAAUUAUAAGUAACUAUUAAAUGCCUGCCAUUUGUGGACUGGAUAGGAAGUGGGCUGGAUAGGAAGGAAGCUUCCUAACUUAUUGUAAGGUUUGAGGCUGACACAAUCACAGGCAAGAGGGCUCAGUACUUCUCUUUCCUCUACCUCUGCACUCAAUGUGACACCAUCCCUAAUUCCUCAUCUUCAAGGCUGGGUAUGUUUAACCUGGAAGAGAGGAGAUAUGAUAGCCACCUCCAAAUAUCUUAAGGGCUGUCACAUGGAAUAGGGAACAAGCUUAUUUUCGCCUGCUCUGGAGGGUAGGACUCGAACUAAUGGCUUCAAGUUACAAGAAAGGAGACUCCAACUAAACAUAUGGGAAACUCUGGCAGUUAGAGCUGUUCGACAGUGAAACAGACUCCCUCGAGAGGUUGUGGACGCUCCUUCCGUGGAGGUUUUUAAGCAGAGGCUGGAUGGCCAUCUGUCAUGAAUGCUUUAGCUGAGAUUCCUGCAAUUCAGAGGGUUGGACUGGAUGAGCCUUGGGUGCCUUCCAACUCUUACAAUGCCAUGAUUCCUUGAUAAGACUGACAUGGGCCUUGAAGCUAAGGAACAAGAGGGUGGGUAGCAGUGCAAUCCUGUACAUGUUUACACGUGAGUAAGUUCCAGUGUCUUAAGUGGGGCUUACUGCCAGGCAAGUGUGCAUAGAAUUGUGGCUCAGUACAUAUUGACAUUAUUUCUACAUAUAUCUAUAUACAAUGCUUGGGCCUCACUCAUUCACUGACAGAGAUAUCAAAGGGGGGAUAAUUUUAAGUCUGAAAACAGUAUCUUUCUUUUACGCCCCUUGAAAUUCAGAAUACACCUGCCUCAUCUAGGGAUCAGCAGUGAGCAUGUCCAGCCAGACCUGAAAUAGAACGGUGGGCUUCAGAAGUUCAGUCUUCAGCAGAUGAUUGAAAUCGGCAUUAAUAGCAAGUGGCACAGUGGCUCCACUUGCAUGUAAAACUAAAGCAUAACUCAUGGUUUAUUAGACAAUGCUGUGUGGGCUAGUGCACAAAGUCUGAGCUUUCCAGCUUCACUCCUCUGUUCUGCAAGUGGGUCCACAGACCAUGCAGAGGGUACCUUAGCGUUGCAUCAAAACAUAGGCUCCUGGCUUGCUUUGCCCUGACACAUCGUUAUUGCUAAGCCAGUGUCAAGGCCAUGGCUUCAAUUUGGCUUGCGGCUGCAGUUUGUUUGCCAAAGCAAACUGUGGUCUCAGGUUCAGACAUAAUGCUGAGUUCAGCUCUUUUGGAAAGGAGGAGGGAAGCAGAAGUAUUUGGCUGCUUGCACAGCCUUUGCCUACCUGGUGCCCUCCAGCUGUUUUGGACUACAACUUCCAUCAGCCUCAGCUAACACGGGUGUCCUGGCUGGGGCUGAUGGGAGUUGUAGUCCAAAACUGCUGGAGGGCACUAGGUUGGCUGAUCCUGUCUUAGCAUUAUGUGCAAACAUGACCAGUCUUUCCUGCAUAUUUAGAUACUCCUUGGGUGAAACAAAAACCUACAGUUGCAAAAACUGAAGGUGAGGAAGGAAGCACACUUGCUUUUCUAGUUUACUCUGACCUAAGUCCUUUCCAGCAAAUGAGGGAAUUUAUUUGUUUCCAAUUAACAAAGCUGAAUUUGCCCUCAGACCUUAAAAUUUGAAUGUCUUUCUACCUCUUCUAAUUAAGAGCAGCUCCAAGGCUACUUAUGUUAAUUCAUUUAAUUGAAUAAGAAUUUAACGUGGCUCACAUUUCAUAAGAUGGAAACAGAGUUUGGACAGAUGAUUUAUUGAUGUGAUAGCUGAUGGCGUGGAAUAUUAAUUUUUAGCAAUGUUAUAUAAAAGACAGAAUUUAGAAUCAUACACCUCACUGCGUGCAGACAUAAUGAUAAACUGCUGGUGCAUGCUGCUCUCUUGCGCCUUGAAAAUUGGAUAUAAAUAAACUUGACUUUACAUUGCAUCCAAACCAGGGAUUGUGGCUUGUUUCUGCCUAACAAUCCCCCAUUUACUAGUCAUCCUUAAGCCAUGUUGCUUUAAUGGACUCUGACUUGUUAGUAUACUAUGAUCUUUAUUGAGGUGCAAUAGGUAGCCAAGUCUUCAUGGUUUGUUAUUCCCACUCAUACCUGGGGAAGAGUGAGAGCAAUUGGGCAGCAUAUACUAAUGUGUUGCUUGAUUAUAGUUAACCAUGAAAAGUCAGAAACCCUAGCAUAUUUUAAGUGUUAACUUGGUCUCUGUGUGCAAGAAUCCUAAUGUUAGCAAUGCUCUCCUUAAUUCUGUUAAAAUUUCAUUAGGCAAAUUGAUGAAAUGGAUGGUGGCGAUUUCAGCCCAACUCAGUUACUAAUUACUGAGUGUUGUGAGCUUCCUUACAAGCCAGGAUCUUAACUUCAAACCAUGGUUUAAGAUCCUGGCUUGUUCAGGAGCAAGUAACCAUAGUUUCCCGGUUUGAAUGAAACAUGAAGCUGUGGUUAAUAAGAGACUUCCCAUUUUAAUGACAACUGUGCUGAAGGGGCUGUGUGAGAAAGAGAGCUUAAUAUGCCAAGGUACUGUAGCCUGAAGCAAGCCUCUGAAUUUGUUUAACAAAGCUUGCUCAUUUUGCUGAAUAAUGUCUAUGUUCUCUCCUUUUGAUGUGCAGACUAAUGGUCUUUUGAUAAUUCUGCCUUCUGAUUUGGAAAGUGCUGGAUAUUGGGCCUAUUUUUGCCACAUUUGAUAGGAAUUUAUUUGUGGUUGCUUGUAUGAGAACUGGGGGAUGUUUCCAUCCUUCUCAUGUGUGAUUAUAUAGUGGAUGGAUGCAUAGGCUGCAUCUACACUGCUGUGUCUUCAAAAGCCAGCAGGCAGUUAGUGCUUCACUGCAGAGCUUACAGCCUGGGAAAAUUCCACUUCACACUGAGAUGCUUGUAGUUGAUCUAGUUUUUGGAAUUAGUCCAGUGUUGUGUCCAUUAAAACAUGAUGGCCGGGAGAGAACAUAAACCAGCUUGUUGAUGAUGCUGAGUGAGGAAGGGAAUGAAAGUGUUGGCCUUAUUGCUUUGGCCACAUCCAGUAUGAAUUGGUUUCCAUUAUAGAGUCCCCCCAGCCCUUUUAAAUGCCACUGCAGUAGAUUGGAUAUUAAUUACAGUAGGCAUCUGUAAUAUGAGUGAGGAAUGAGGCAGAGACUGGGGCUCUCCAUUGUUUUCCCCAGCCUAUGCCAUGUUCUCAGAUAUUCUCUUCCCAGAGGUAUUGAGUGGCAUACAGCAACUUAAAUUAAAAAAAAAAAAAUACAAUGCUUAAACUCUGCAUAUUCUUCUGCUGGGGGUCAGGCUAAAAUGUAAAAGCAGAUUAUGUAUUUCCUGGUCAAAGAUGAUGACUAAAUUCACAUUACAUCCAAUAUUGCUUGUGUUAAAACCUUAUUUUCUAUCAACACAGUUUAGUAUAAUAUGGAGGCUUCCAACCAUUAUGCCAUUCUCCAGUGCUAAAAUGAUGUGUACUAUAGAGAGAGAGAGCUAUGUUUAACUCUAUACUUCUCUUCCAGAAUAUCUUCACAAAUCACACCUUGGAUGUAAAUGUGAGGUGGUUAGCUGUGCUUUACUUCAAAAAUGGAAUUGACCGCUAUUGGAGACGUGUGGCACCACAGUAAGGAACACAUUACUGUGCUCUUAUUUUGCUAUAUAUAUUCUUUUAAAAGUUGCAGUUAUGAGAAACGUUUGUGGUUCAGACCAGAUUGAAGACUUUAUAACAGGGGUUGGCAACCUAAGGCCCAUAGGCCAGUGGCAGCCCAUGGGGCUUGUCUAUCCAGCCCAUGGUGACCCCUGCAGCCCUCUGCCACCCGCUCUUACCGGCGCGGUGUGGUGCAGGGACCGACUUCCGGGUUGAUGGCGCCUGUGCGCAUGUGCAUGGGUGCUCCUCUGACCUGGAUGUGAGCCAGAAAUAGCAUGUGUGCACGCAUGCGGGACGGAGAAGCGCCCGUGCACAUGUGCGCACGCUAUUUCUGGUGCACAUCUGGGUCAGAGGAGCUCCAGAAAUAGUGUGUGCGCACGGGCGCUCCUCCGACCCAGAAGAGUGCAUGUGUGCACACGCUCCGGCCCAUCCUCCGACGGACGGAACGUGGGCCGGCCCAUCGUUUGGUAAGCUUGCCAACCCCUGCUUUAUAUCCUAUCCUGUAUAUCCCUUUAUGCAGUUUACCAAGGGAGAGAUUCCUCUAUUCACUUCAGAAUUCUCUAGCUCUUUCUGUUCUGAACCAGUGUUAAGACUUGUGUGGAGAUCAAUGGCUAACAAUAAUUAGGGCUUGCUUUUACAAAGGGUUUGGACACCAACUUCAAACCCAAGUUAACAAUAAGCUCUGGUUACGACUGUACUGAUGCAAGCCUGUGCCAUGUUUAAUACAGGGCUAGGGGCAGGGGGAAAUUGCUGCAGAGACAUUAGGCAAAUGCCAUCACUAUAUUCUUUUAGACAUUAAUUGAAAACUUUUCUGUUUUGGCAAUCCUAUGAUUUAAUUGAUUAUAUAUUUUUUUAAAGUUUAAUUGAUUUUUAUCUGUGUUUUUAAUGAUUAUGUAUCUUUGCUUUAAAUUUCUUUGUGGAUUUUAACCAUUUUUCCCCUGCGAUUGUAUUUGUAUGCUGUUUGGAGAAUUCUUUGAUGAAGUAGUUUUUACAUUUUAUUAAUAAAUGAAAAUUAGCUUCUCCUGUUUGUUUUUUACAUCCUUGUUUUCAUCCGUUCCUAUAACUUUAGGUUGGUAUCUUUCAUAGGACUAAAUAUUUAAUGCAACUUUAUGCACUUUUAACUUAAUUUGUGACAUGUAUAUGGGGGAAAUAUGUUGGUAGAAGAAUUCUGACAUUUUCUGAAGGUAGUUAUAGAACUUGGUGCAAAUAUAUUUUAUUACUACAUAGAAUUUAUUUCUCUUAUUUCAUGGGUUUAGAUAGCUUCACAAAUGUUAUCUAAGUAAUCAGAUUUUUUUUAGUGGUGGAGGAAAAUGGCUAAAUUAUAAACCUGUUUGUGUGACACUCCUGUGUGGGGAAUAAAUAUCACUUCUACAUUCCUGCAGAUGUCAGUAUUGCAUCACAUGAGCAGCUUCCCAAAGGCUUUUUAGUUUUUGUUUCUUUCAUUUUCAAUAUCCACACAAACCCUUAUGCUUAAAGUGCUAUAGGAAAUAUUGCACCUGGUUAUACCUGUAAGGUGAAUGUAUCCUUUUCCAUUUUCUGUUGUGUUAUGCAUUUUCACAGAUGGAAAAAUAUUCCGCUUGCCUAAAAAGUGACAAAUCUCUUAAUUCCCCAUGGACUUCCACAAAUGUAUUUAUACACGGCACAGAAACAUUUCUUAAUGCUAACAUUUAAAUAUGACCCCUAAUGCUAGUUAAAUUCCUAAAAUACUUUGAUAGUUUUUGAAAGCUUGGUUUCUUAGCUACGAUCCUGAGAAAAAUAAGGGGGGAGCCACAUAGAGUGGAAGUUUCUUUCUCAAUAGCAGCUACACCUUAUUCCACGUUGCCAUCUGAUUUUAAAAUUCAUCUGAGUCUUUUGUGCGAAAGUUUGCAGACAUAGCCCAGGAAAGAAAAAGAGACUGGCCUCUUGAAUAAUUAAGCUUUUUAUCAACUUCAUUAUGUUACAGAUUACUGAUAAAAUGUAAAACUUUUCAACUGUCCCUUCAGUUAAUCAAACAAUCAUAUUAUUUGUAUGCGGCCUUUCCAAAGUUAAAAGCAGGCUCAAGGUGGCUUACAACAUAUAAACAAUAACAGUGGUACCUCGGUUUUCGAAUGUAAUCCGUUCCGGAAGACUGUUCGAGUUCCGAAACGUUCGAAAACUGAAACUCAAUAGCCGACAGCUAGGCUUCAGGAUCUCGCACACAGCGGAAGCCGCGUUUCCUGUUCGACUUCAGAGACGUGUUUGAAAACCAAAGCAUUUACUUCCGGAUUUACAGCAUUGAGAGUUCCGAAACGUUUGUCAACGGAGACAUUCAAAAACCGAGGUACCACUGUAGAUAACUACAAACAUAACAUAGUCAUAACCAAAACUUCAAAAAUACACAACCAAAGUAAUAAUAAUAAUAAUAAUAAUAAUAAUUUAUUUUUUAUACCCCACCCAUCUGGCUGGGUUUCCCCAGCCACUCUGGGCAGCUUCCAACAAAACACUAAAAUGCAAUAACCUAUUAAACAUUAAAAGCUUCCCUAAACAAGACUGCCUUUAGAUGUCUUCUAAAAGUUUGGUAGUUGUUGUUUUUUUUGACAUCUGGUGAGAGGGCGUUCCACAGGGCGGGUGCCACUACUGAGAAGGCCCUCUGCCUGGUUCCCUGUAACUUGGCUUCUCGCAGCGAGGAAACCGCCAGAAGGCCCUCGGUGCUGGACCUCAGUGAACAAUUUCUACAUCAAUAAUAAGAUCCAAAAUAAAGAUACAGCUUUUAUUCUCACUUGCUGACCUAUAUGAGCAUAGCAAGCGAAACCUGUGCAUUCCUCCUUGGGUAUCGUACAGUUGGAUCUGAAGGUAUCUUCCACUUCUGGAAGGACUGUUUUACUCUUGCUGCUAUUCCAGGGGAAAAGUGGAACUACACCCAACUAAUAUUCUUCAGCUUGAGCAGGAAACAUGUAAGAACUGCAGUGGAACCUCUUGCGUCAACACUUAUGCAAGCUCUUGUACAAGUCUGUAGAAUAGUGCUAAUAGCUAUUUUCUUUCAGCACAUGGUUCUUUGGAUCCAAUCUGUAGACUUUAGGUUUGUCUCAAACAUUACUGGAAAAUAUGUGUCAUUCUUCCAGUAUUCUUGCUAAGCAGAAGAAACUCUCAAAACGUUUAGAUAGUAAGAAAUGAGAAGUUGCAUCUAUUAUGUGUAUUUAUUUCUUUAAAAACAGUGCUCUUUCAGAAGAGGAGAAAUCUACAUUACGUGCAGGGCUUAUUGCCAAUUUCAAUGAGCCAAUAAAUCAGGUUAGUGAUUAUUAUAAAAAAAAAUCAUAUUAACACUCUAAGGCUGUAUCUUGUAAUUUUAAAGUUUAACAUUAGAAUUAAGUGGUUUUGGGAUGAUUAUUAUUUUUAUAAAAGAAGCCUAUUAAAUGAAGAAAUAAUUCCUGCUAAAUCUCAGAGAGAUGAUAUUAUUAAUGGUGGUAAAUUAGCAUAGCCAGCAAGUGUAUCCAUUGUGCAUGUAGAAGACAAGUCAGAGAUUUGUAAGGUUAAUCAUUUUUACUCUUCGUUUUCUGUUCCUAAUUUUCAAUAGAAUUGUUGGCAGAACAAAACCUUAGCAUCUAAGUGACUUAUUUUGCAGGAUGAUGGCCUACUUUUAUCAGAUUUAUCACCUGAUCUGAGAAAGUGGCAGCUGUCAGGUGUUAGGUGCAUUUCUAGACAAUUGAAUGUGGGGCAGCACAGCCUUAUCUGUGGGGUGAGAUGGGCAGGAUGAUAAAGUGUUCAAGCUGGAGAUAGUUGAGUGUGAAGUUUGUUGGAGCAAAGAUAGGCAAGAAAAGACUCUUGCAGAAAAGGCAACCAAAAUUAUUAAGGGGGUGGGGCAGUUCCCUCAUGAGGAAAGGUUACAAAAUUUGGAGCUUUUCAGUUUUGAGAAAAGUCAUGUAAGAGGCAACGUAACAAAAGUGUAUACAAUUAUUCAUGGUAUAGAGAAAGUCGGUAGAGAUAAGUUCUUAUAAUGCUACAACUCAUGGACAUCACCUGAAGCUGAGUGUUUGAGGUUUGUCUAUGUAGAUAAAUUGUGGAAUUUGCUCCCACAAGAGUAGUGAUUGCCAGCAGUUUAGAUGGCUUUCAAAGAUUAGACAAAUUCAUGGAGGAUAAGAUUACCAGUGGCUACUAGCCCUGAAGGCUAUGUUCUACCUCCACAGUCAGAGGCAAUAUGCCUCUGAAUAUCAUUUUUUGGGGGAAUCACAGGUCAGGAGAGUCCUGUUGUGCUCAGGUGCUUCUGACAGGCUUCCCAUAGGCGCUUGGUUGACCACUGUGAAAACAGGAUACUGGACUCAAUAGACUUUCCAGAUGAGGAAGGAAAAAAUCCUAUGAGCUGGGGAGACCCAAAAGACCCCAUGAGGACUGAGCAUGCUCAGUGGCCAUAGAAUACUGACUGACUUCUGGUGCAGUGGAAAUAGGAAACUGGAUCAGAGCAGGAAAGGAAUGACUGAUUGGAACAUUCCUUGUUCUUAAAUCUUAAAUUUUGAAUUGAGUUAAUUUAUCAGCUUUGCAAAAUGUUGGCUGAAAUUUCAUCAGAUGUGUGAGGCUAUUUAAAAUGGAAACCAGUCACUUUAACCAGGACUGACUCCCUUUUGGAUUGUGGCCAUAUGCGCCUGCUGUCUUAACUGCGUUUCCUUUGGUUGCCUUUGCAGAUUGCCACUCAGAUUUCUGUGUUGAUUGCCAAAGUCGCGAGGCUGGAUUGCCCUAGGCAGUGGCCGGAACUCAUUCCCACUCUUGUCGAAUCUGUUAAAAUUCAAGAUGAUCUUCGACAGCACAGAGCUCUACUUACCUUCUACCACGUCACAAAGACUUUGGCAUCUAAACGGCUUGCUGCAGAUAGAAAACUUUUCUAUGAUGUAAGUAUCCCUUCCAAUAAUACAGUCUUUGAGUCAGAUUAGUUUCUCCUAUCAGGCAUGCUAUUUCAUUUCUUCUGAUCCCCACAUUUUAGAAGAGAGUAAUAUGACAGCAGCAUGCAACUGGGAACACAGGAAGCUGCUGCCCAAGGGAACUCCAGUUUGAAAGUAUUUCUUUUUAACCUUUGUUGUAGUUGAUGACAGCCUGCUGGCAAAAUGUGUCAUUUUGAUCAAGCGCUCCUUUACAGCGCAAUAUCAGACAACUCAGUCAAUUUAAUGUAAUGUUUCCCAGUCUCCUGACCACGAUGAAACGAUCCAACCUCCUCCUCUGCUGUUGAAUCCCCCUACUUCCACUGUCAUUAUCUAGUGGUUAAAGCAACGGCCUAGACCCUCGUAGACCAGGGUUCAAAUCUCCACUCAUCCAUGAAGCUCUCUGGGUGAUCUUGGGCCAGUCAUUGUCUCUCAACUUUACCUACCACACAGGAUUGUGAGGAUAAAAUGGGUUGAGAUAUACUGUAUUUUUCACUCUAUAGAACGCACCGGACCAUAGGAGGGGGAGAACAGGGGGAAAAAUUCUCCCCCUCUCUGCUCGGCGCCCCUUCAGCGAAGCAACAAGAGAAACGGAGCCCCUUCCAUUUCUCCUCCCACUUCGCUGAAGGGGCGCUGCGCAGAGAGGGAAAACUGUGCAGCACCUCUCCAGCGAAGCGAAGCCUGGAGAGCAUGAGGGAUCGGUGUGCACCGACCCCUCUUGCUCUCCAGGCUGCAGGCGGCUAUCCGCAAGCCUUCGGAGCACAAGGGGAACUCCUGCUGCGUUCUGAAGGCUUGCGGAUAGCUGCCUGAAGCCCCCAGAGCGCAGCGGGAGUUCCCCCUGCGCUCCGGGGGCUUCAGGCGACUUCAGCGAAAGCAACGCGAAGCCUCCGGAGCGCGGGGGGAGCUCUCCCUCUGGGCUUCGGAGGCUUCGCGCUGCUAUCGCUGAAGCCAAGGAGCCUGCAUUCGUCCCAUAGGACGCACACACAUUUCCCCUUAAUUUUUGGAGGGGGAAAAGUGCGUCCUAUAGAGCGAAAAAUACGGUAAAUGUAACAAAGAAAUAAAAUUGUGUCUGCACCUUGGUUAACAUAAACCAGCAGCUAGCUAUAAACCGUCAUUUGAAACCAGCUUCAAACUAUCGUUUUCUGUUCCACUGUAAGUUUUUCCCCUCACUGCAGACGUAAUGCCACGGUUGCUGUUGAAGUGGAAUUGGGAGGAGACGGCGCACAAAACCCUCAGUGCACUUUACAAUUGCUGCUAAGAGAAAUGGGAAGGCUUGCAUUAUUUUCAGGGUCAGGGUGAAUGUAUUUGGAUUUUAUUUGUUUCGUAUGUAAAGGAUGCACCCUUUUCUUUCUAAUACACCUGGUGUUUCUUAACUAGGAAAGCAGCCUAAAAUAUUUUAAAUGAAUAGCUAAAUAAAUCAUCUUCAGAUCUUGAACUUCAUACACACCAUACAUUUAAAGAACAUUCUCUCGCCUCAAGAAUCCUGGGAACCAGUUUGUUAAGGGUGUUGGAAAUUUGUAGCUCUGUAAGGGGAUAAACUACAGUUUACAGGAUUUCUGACAGGGUGUGUGUGUUUUAAAUGUGUGGUGUGUAUUCAACCAAAGAACACAUCUUACUUUGCAGGCAGUCCUCAGUCAUGGUUUAGAUUCAGAUGCAGCAUAACUAAGGAAAACAAGCCAGGUUUAGGUAUUAUUCUUACACACAUUAUACCAGUAAAGGUGAUCUUUUCUAUUUAAUAGAAACUGCGACGUGGUUCUGAAUUAAGCAUUAAUAGUUAUGAUAUUGUAUGCGAGCUUAUGUUCCUGUUCUGUUAUUUGGGGACUAAAACAAGCCUUUUCUCUGGCUUUAUAUUUCUUUAACCGUACUUUUUCGAAAUGAUAAACCCCAUGUAAGAAGCUUAAUUUUGAUGAGCCCAACACAAAGGUUUACAGUGGGAAUACAUAAUAUUUUUUUAAGGGCAGUGAUAUUGAACAGUCUGGAGCACAAUGUACAGGACAGCAGAUGGGAUUUCCUCCCAUGAGAGGGUGUGUGUAGAAUCUUUGAUAUGUAGAAAGCAUGCUGAUAUUCCUGCAGAAUAAAAAGAAAACCAAUCUAUUUUCUGGAAAAGCAAUUGCAUUUUAAGACAAAUUGGGUUAUGUCUGAAACAAAAGUACUUGCACAACAUUUUUUUAAUUUACAGCCAUCUGUCUCCAUCUUGCAGUGUUCUGAGAUAAUUUAAAUAACUUUGGGUGGGGGGAAGUUUAAUUAAUUUGAAUUUUGCUUAGCUGUGUUUCUGUCAUUAUCAUAGUUUUAACACAGUGCUUAUACCCGGAAUAUUUUUUCAGCUUGUUUAAGGACUAGCUUGUACUUUGUCAUGUACAUUUUGCUAAUCACUACAGCUGUUUUCAUAGUACAGCAUAUAGGCUCACCUUCAGAAAUGUAUAUGUUAACGUCUGAGUUCUGUGUGUGUCAUUGUGUACAUGACUGAAAUCUUAAUGACAAAGGCCCAAUUCAGAUAAUCAUUUUCUAAACCAUAGCUUAGAUGAUUGAGAACCACGUGUUCACCUUUCCUCCUUCAUAUGUGACAGGACAGAGCAAGCCACAACUUCGUGUCACAAACCAUGGUUAGCCUUGCACUUCCAUACUCCUCAUCCCCACCCCUUCGCAGGUUAGACAGCUGAGCUUUUACUUUUAGAAGCCACGGUUUUGUGCCACAUGUGAACUCAAGGAACUGUGGAUUGUUCUGAUCAAGUACAGUUACAACAAAACAGGAUAUCAAGUUUGAUCCUGGUACUGUUUUAACUGAUUAUGUUUAGAACAAACCUCAACUCCCUGAAUUCAUGUCCCUGAACUCCCUGUCUUCCACUGCCUCCCGCAGUUUGGUCAAACUCAUGCUGGUAGCUUCAAGAACAUUGUCCAACCAUCUCGUCCUCUGUCGUCCCCUUCUCCUUGUGCCCUCCAUCUUUCCCAACAUCAGGGACUUUUCCAGGGAGUCUUCUCUUCUCAUGAGGUGGCCAAAGUAUUGGAGCCUCAGCUUCAGGAUCUGUCCUUCCAGUGAGCACUCAGGGCUGAUUUCCUUAAGAAUGGAUAGGUUUGAUCUUCUUGCAGUCCAUGGGACUCUCAAGAGUUCAUAUGUGAUGCAAAAUUGUGGUUUGCUUUAAAACUGCAAUUGGAACCUUUCACUCUCCUACCUGCAGAGGAGUGGGGAAGGGGGAGUGUUAAAGGCCAAGGCUCACCAUGGUUCAUUGCUGAUCAUCAAAACCACAUGGUUUAUGAUGAUCUGAACUGGGACAAAGUCUGCCAGUGAGUUUAGUAAAAUGUCAAACUCAGUAGAAGUAUUCACAUACACUGAUGUUUGUCUCAAUUCUGUUGAAAAGAAAACAUUUUCUCUCUCAAUGUGAGACUGGAUGUGGCUCGAUUUUAUUUGCUGUGUGCAUAGGAAUAUGCAUAAUUUUCUUUGGCUUGUUUCAGACUAAGAACAAACUGACGUGUUCCAUAUUUAUGUAAAAGCUCCAAAUGUUCAACCAUUGUUAAGUGAUUGGAAUUGAUUCUCGUCACAACCAUGUUUCACAUUUCACUUUUGGGAUCUGGUUAGUUUCAACAGUGUUUAAGAUAGGUUGUUCCCUUAAAGGCAUAGAGGAGACUUUAGUGAGAAGAAAGGAGCACAUGAUCAGAACUGUUUUAUUUUUUAAAAUAUUUAUUUAUUUCCGAUAUUUAUAAACUGCUUUUCACCACAGAUGAUUUUCCAUCACCGUAAAAAAUACACUAUUAAGAACAGUUUCAGUUAAAACAGUCAUGAGUGAAGCUGUAUUCCAAAAAACACUUAUUAAUAAAUAAACCCCUUUGAGCUCACUGAGACUUAUUGUACUUUGCAUUGUGCUGCUGUGUCCUAAUAAAUCCAUUGGAACAAGUUAGUCAUGACUACCUUAAACGCCAUUACUUUCCGUGGGAUUUAGGCAUGAUUAAUAUAGUUGGAUUGGUUCACUGUGUUCUAUUAACAAGAACUAUUUUGACUAGUAAUUUAUUUAUUUUUUACAUUGCAGUUAGCUUCUGGAAUUUACAGCUUUACCUGUUCCCUGUGGAAUCACCAUACAGAUACAUUCCUUCAACAGAUUUGUACUAAAGAUGAAACUGCUAUGAGCAACUCGCUAGAAAGAACUCUUUUAUCACUGAAAGGUAAUUAACAAAAUGUGUCAGAUCAGUAUGAAUGUGCACAGUAAGGUGGGCUUUCAAAUUUUUUACUAAUGGAGUAAGACAUUCUGUGUCUUCAGAGAGUUGCAUUUGCAUAGGGAUCAUAAGAGAUUUUAUUUUAUUGGUGUCAUUCACUGGUUGCUGAGGGCUAUGCAAAAUUCUUUCCAGCACUUGGUGCUUUUCUAGACUGGUCUCGGAAUACAGAUUUAUGUUAAUUUUGAAAGCCCAGGAUUCCUAAGAGCAUUUUGUAUGUCUCUCCUACAGGGCCAGGUAAAAUUGAGCCAUUCAUAUUUAUACUGGUAGGAUGUUCCAUCCAAACACUCUUUGUUCCAAACUGCACAUUCAUUAUAUUCUUGGCACUCUUUGUUUCAACUUGCAUACAUGUUUUGUCUUGAGCCGCAGCUUAUCAUAAAAAUAUUGAAAGAGCAUAUUGGAUUCCUGCUUUAAGACAUGAGAGUGUGGGUAAAAAAAUCGCAUUCACUCUUGAAACAGCAACCAAAAUAUUCUGUGACCCUUUGGAACUGAUUUUGUUAGAUUUUCUUCCUUUAUCUGCUGCUGGUUUUGCUCAUUAGUGGAAUACUAACAAUGUCGUGAUAGAGUGAGAAGCCAAAUGUUUAAAACUUCCAGUUUAUUUGUUUAUUAUUUUUUAAAGAAAUGUUUGAUAUUUUAAGAAAUGGGAACAUUUUGCCGCAGGGGUUGUUCACUGUGUUGGCUAUUAGACCAUGAGUGGCUUUCAUGGGAGUAGUAAUAUUUUAUGGGGCAGUAAUAUUACUAUUACUUCAUUUUUCAGUGCUUCGUAAAUUGACUGUUCAUGGGUUUGUGGAACCUCAUCGGAACGUAGAGGUGAUGGUAAGCAAGGCGGAUCCUUUAUUUUUAUAAGUAUAUUGGGCCUCGCUCCUUCUUUCCCAUUAUGAUUAAAAUUUCAUCUUCAAACUGUGACAGUGUUAAUACUACAAUGGAUGUCUAGAAAAGAUUUGUCUGGCAAGACGUUAGGAGUUGAUGCUUGUACGGGUGCCCUUUGGACACCUGGCCAUGCAGGUUUAGAAUCAGCGUAGCAUAUUGUGAAAGGGACGCGGGUGGCGCUGUGGUCUAAACCACUGAGCCUCUUGGGCUUGCCGAUCAGAAGAUUGGCAGUUCGAAUCCCCGUGACGGGGUGAGCUCCCGUUGCUCGGUCCCUGCUCCUGCCAACCUAGCAGUUUGAAAGCACGUCAAAGUGCAAGUAGAUAAAUAGGUACCGCUCCAGCGGGAAGGUAAACAGUGUUUCCGUACGCUGCUCUGGUUCAUCAGAAGCGGCUUAGUCAUGACCCGGAAUCUGUACGCUGGCUUCCUCGGCCAAUAAAGCAAGAUGAGCGCUGCAACCCCAGAAUCAGCCACGACUGGACCUAAUGGUCAGGGGUCCUCUACCUUUACCUAGCAUAUUGUAGUAUAUUGCGGCAUCUCCACCCCCAUCAUUCAGCCUGGACACUGAGCUCCGAGGCCCUUCUGGCGGUUGCCUCCCUGCAAGAAGUGAGGCUACAGGGAACCAGGCAGAGGGCCUUUUUGGUAGUGGCCCCCGCCCUGUGGAAUGCCCUCCCAUCCGAUGUCAAGGAAAUAAACAACUAUCUGACUUUUAGAAGACAUCUGAAGGCAGCCCUGUUUAGGGAAGCUUUUAAUGUUUGAUGUUUUGUUGUGUUUUUAAUAAAGUGACCAGGGAAACCCAGCCAGAUGGGUGGGGUAUAAAUUUUACUUACUUACUUAUUUAUUGAAUUUGACUUGACUUGAUUUGAUUUUUCUGAAAGCUUUUAACGUAGUGACAACAGGUACAAAAGGAAUGUGAAGUAUGCUGCUGUAUAGUAGCCUUGUUAAAAAUGUAUAUAUGUUGGGGAGAGGUCCCCCAGUACCUAUUAUGUUGAUUAAAUACUUUUUAGAGCAAAUAAUAAUGUUGUGCAAAGAAGCAUGAUUGCUUAUAGGUUGACAUGUGGAAUUCUGUACCCUUUUGUACUUUAAAAUGUUGCUUUUACAUCUUCUAGGGAUUUCUCCAUGCAGUAUUUGAGCGGUUGAAACAAUUUUUGGAGUGUAGUAAGUAUUUGAAGUAUUGUCCCGCCUUAUGGAUUAUAUUUUACACCUUAAGAUAAAUAGUGCCAUCUGAGGUAGCAGGGAAAAAAAUGUGUCAUGCAGUGCAAUACUUUGCUUGCUGGAAGUGUGUUCUGCUGUAUCCAAAGAGACAUGCUCCUUAGUCAGUUUAAGGUUGCAGUUUUAGGCUGCAAUUCUAUGCAUGCUUACUUGGGAGUAAAUCCCAUUGAAUUCAGAGGAUCUUGCUUCUGAGAAGAUCUGUUUAGUUUCUGUUGCCAAACGACAAAUGCUUCUUAACCAAAGGAAUUAAUAUUAGCAACAUUUAACAGCAAAAAAAGAAGCCAUUUAAGCAAGAUGUUCACAAGAAUGCAUGUAUGGGUUUUGAAAUUUAAAGUGGAAACUUCCUGGCUCAGUCUCUUCACUAUGUGGAAUAUCCGAAUUCCUAUCCAUUAAUUACAUUAUGUUUCUCUUGAGUGUGUUUUGUUCAUCACAUCACAGCUUCUAUGUACCUAAAAUGUGCAUUUUGCUCAAUUGGAGUAUUGUUGGCACCAACUUUACUUUACAAAAUAUGGCAGUUUUCAGUUACACUUAAAAGGAAGCUUAUGCUGCAAUAAAUCUGUUAGUCUUUAAGGUGUCACAAGACUUUUUUUCUUCUUUUGCAUGUUUACUACAACAAACAAGCAUGUCUUCUCCUUUGGCUGUCAAUAAUAAUUGAAUUUUUUUGCUGUUGUUUACCAGGUAAAAGUAUAGAAGCAGAUCAUGUCUGCAGAGAUCGCCUAGAAAAGACUAUAAUUCUUUUUACUAAAGUGGUAAGUUUCACUAAAGUGGUAAAUUUCACUAGAUUAUUUUCAGCCAAAUAAUCUUAGCGAAUUAGCUUCAUGUGGUCAGUUUUAAUACUGUCUUUUUUUUAAAAAUGGAUCAGUUCAGCAGAAUAAAUUAGUCACAAUGAAGGGGAAGGGCCUGGGACGGAGGCAGACACAGAACAUCCAACUCAUCAUUCUAAAGAACUGACUAUAUCAGCAAGCUGUUUUCAAUUGCUUUUCUUUUUAUUUGGUUUUUGUAAUACACUUUCUUAUUCACUGAUCUCUUAUUAUUAACCAAUUGUGUUUUUUGUUUGUAUUUCUCUUAUGAUAAUCCUGUUACUGUCCCCCUUGCUUUUUAGCUUUUAGACUUCUUGGACCAGCAUCCUUUUUCAUUCACCCCUCUAAUUCAGAGAUCAUUGGAAUUUGCUGUCAGCUAUGUUUUCACAGAGGCUGGCAAAGGAGUUGUGUUUGAGCGAUUUAUUGUCCAGUGCAUGAAUCUGAUUAAGAUGAUAGUCAAAAAUUAUGCUUACAAGCCAUCCAAAAAUGUGGAAGGUAAUUUGGCUCUUUUCAUUUUUGAAAUGUUAUAUAAGUCUUGAUAGUGAUUUAUUCCUUUUUGGACAUAGGUGAAUGAAUUAUCGAUUUAUUUCAUGUGAACUAUUUUACUGCAGAUAGCAGCCCUGAAACUCUUGAAGCUCAUAAGAUAAAGGUGUCGUUCUUCACAUACCCAACAUUAACAGAGAUAUGCAGGCGGUUGGUCACUCAGUAUUUCCUGCUAACUGAGGAAGAGCUAACAAUGUGGGAAGAGGACCCAGAAGGCUUUAGUAAGAAGCUGUUCUUUAUUUCAGCCUAAUUUUAGUUUAAGGUACAAUGCGUACUUUCCAUUAUUAUCUAGGAAUAAUGUUGAUGUUAGCAGCAUGUGUAAUGUUGUAUGAUUGUUAACUAAUUCCAGAAACCCUUUUAUGUACAAAGUUAUACAUUCUUAUUUAACCAACAUAUGUUAUUUAAAAACAAUAUGUACUUGAUUGUGUAAAAUUUAUUUUUAUGUUGCAGCUGUGGAAGAGACAGGUGGAGAUUCUUGGAAAUAUAGUAUCAGGGUAAGCAUACUGCUUAAAAUUCACGCCGAGAUCUUACUACUUUGAAUAUGGACAUUAAACUUGACAUUUUGGGAUGCAAUCCAUAUUUUAGACGUUACUGUAUGUACAUCGUCCUGACAGGACCCUCUGGCACGCUACCAAAGAGCUCUAAAUCCAGACAGACUUCAGGCUGUGCUACUGUUUCCUACAUUGUUUUCUUCCUGGCUGGAAGCUUUCACACUUGCUCUGACCAUUUGCUCCGGUGCUAAACCUCCCACCCAGGAAGAGAGCAGAGUGGCGAUAAUUGUGCAGUCUUUGAACUCUGCAGUUUUCAAGUCCCAAGUAUUCCUGGAGGAAAGGAUAGAAAGCGUGAUCAGCACAGCGGAGCUCUUCUGUGGGUUCAUGCUCUCUGUGAAAUUGGUAUGUCAUGCUGAUAUAGAUGCAAGUAAUAACACCCUUGUUUAUUACCGGAUAGAAACCCUUUCUGAAAUCUUUCAUCAGAGUCGCCUGUGGCAUAAAGCAAAGCAGAUAGUUUGUGGCUAGGUGCAGAUCUACUUGGUGGCCUUGGUCAGGGGCUUUGGCAUGUGUGUGUGUACACACACACACACACACACACACACACACAGGCUUCCCCAAGUUCCUCUCCUAAUAGCAGAGAUUCUGCAUGUUUUCAAGCAUUUAUUUUCACACUUGUUAUGAGUCCUGUGGAUACGUCAUGGAGGGGAUGGUUAGAUCCAGAGGAGAAAUGGGAGGAGCUCUUGGAGUUGGAGCUGGAAGGGUCCUAGCAGGAUGCGGGAAGUGAAAUCAGGAUCCCAAGAAGUAUCAGAGCCCAGGGGGGAGACCAGUAGUCUAGGGAGUGGAGAUUUGGAUCUAGGGGAGGGACCAGGCAGGUUGGCAGAAGAGUGUGACAUUCGACGCCCCAGUUUAAUACCUCCUGCUGUAGAGCUGCCUCCUGUCAGAGAGGAGUCUUCUUCUGGGGGAGGCCACUGAGUAAAUUGGAUGCUGAGCUGGCGCCAGUAUUGCCUCCAUUUGCAAGCGCAUGAAGAUGCCAGCGCCGGUGCAAACAAACCUCACAGACCCAAACCCUUAAAGGGACUGUCCACUUGCUUGCCAAGUCCUAGGAUAGUAGACCAAUAUGAAGUAAGCAGCACAUAAGCGGCACACAAAACACUACCAAACCAUUCUACGUUCUAAGCACCCUGUCUAACUCUUGUGCGUAACAUCACCGACACUUCGUUUGAUCAAACUUACCUUUGUUGAUAUCUACAGGAGCCUGGCUAAAGGAACUUUAAAGACUGAAUCUUCCUUUUGGACACAAUUUGAAUGAGUUUUCUGUUUGUGGCUAAAACCGUGUUCUCUCAAUUUUUGGAUUAUUAAUAAAAGAUUUAGAACAUAGAAUGGUUUGGUAGUGUUUUGUGUGCCGCUUAUGUGCUGCUUACUUCAUACUGGUCUACUACGAGAAUUGGCAGCAUAGGUUCAUUUUUUCAAGUCCUAGGAUAGUGGCUGCUUGCUAUUUUAAGAGCUGUGCCUGCCCUGCUUGUCAAAAAAGAAGGUGCAGGGAGCAUGUUGCUUGUUGGAUCAACGUCUUAGCUUGUGCUUAGCAAAUAGUCCAGGCAUGUCCAAAGUCUGUUUCGGUGGCCUAAUCCGGCUAGCCAGUCAAUUUAAUCUGGCCCCCUUGGCAGUAUAUGUCCUGGGGUAAAAUCCUUAAAAAAGCUCAGCAACUUCAAUCCUUAAAAAAGCUCAAAAACUUUGGUCAGCCCUCAUGCAAGUUCACUUCAUCAAAUCUGGCCCACUUUGAAAAAAGUUUGGGCACCCCUGAAAUAGUCUAUACCUCUUAAGUAACUGCUGCAUCUAGUGCUAGUGAUGGGUGAAAUAUUACGACAUAAUGAUUGAAAGCUUAAGCCCUAGACAGCUAUGAUCAUGGUUUCGUUUCAAGCGAAUUCUGUACUCAUUAUUUUUGGUCAGUUGUGUCUAUUUGGGGCUCAGUUGUAUUAAUUUACUUUGUAAAUACUCAGUUCAUACCUUUAAGAACAAUUUCCCAAUGUUUAUAAUUCCAGGAUGUGUUUCACUUUUGCUGUCAUGUCAUAUUUAGCUAUUUCCUCAAUAGUGCCCUUUUAAAAUGAAUUUGCUUAGCGUAUUUUUGCCCUAAAUAAUAAACAGUUCUUUUCCUCCCCAGCCAUGCACAGAAGUGCUCUUCAUUGAUAUUUUUCACGAAUACAAUCAGACUCUCACUCCAGUUCUGCUAGAAAUGGUUCAUACUCUACAAGGUACCUUUUUUUUUAAAAAAAAAAGAGUUUUGUUUAAAAUUAUAUAUUGUGCGGAACGUUGAGCAGCACUUAACAUUUUCAUUGUAAAAUAGUAGUCCUUCUAAUUCUUUUUGUAUCGUUUGUAGUCAAGCAUGCGUGCACAAGGAUGAAACUCUGAAACAGGCAUAGGCAAACUCAGCCCUCCAGAUGUUUUGGGACUACAACUCCCAUCAUCCCUAGCUAACAGGACCAGUGGUCAGGGAUGAAGGGAGUUGUAGUCCCAAAACAUCUGGAAGGCCGAGUUUGCCUAUGCCUGCUCUAGAAGACUUUCCAAAUCAGCUUAGUGAACUCAGUUUCUCUUGAGACUACCCAGGCAAACCCUACCCCGGCUGCGCUCCCCACUUGCCUGUACAUUCAAACGUCCUUCUUCAUGGGGAGGAGCUCCACACAUGUAUACUGGUGUGUAAAUAGAACUCUCUGUUGGAUGUAGUUGGAGCACGCAGACAUGGGGGAGUGUAGAAGGGGAGACUUUGCUAAUGUGGUCCUGCGACCUCUUUACAGUCUUUCAAUACACGGAAGCAGGGCUUUAAUUUCACUGCGUGCUGAAUAUUAUAGUUGCUCUAUACCUUCGCCUUAUCUCACAAUAAAAUCAAAAAAUUAACCCCCCAGUCCUGUUCUUACUCAAAUCCUAUUUGCGUUCUAACAUUUUUACACUGUGUUUUAAAGUAUUCGACAUCAAUACAAUGUAAUAAAUUAUAUUGUUAGGAGAAUCUCCGAAAUACUUGUCCCUCAUAGAUUCUCUCUUCCCACUUUAAGGGGAAGAGUAAAAAUCUUAAUGCAUCAGAAACCCUGCUUUUGCAAUAAACAGUACAUAUUAUUUAUUUAAAUACAUUUUGCUGCAUUAUGGAUUUACUUGCUUCUUAAUUAUUUAUUUUCAGGUCCUACUAACAUGGAUGAUACCCAAGCUCUGCUGAUUAAAGAUGCUGGUAAAUUCCGGGGUUUUUUCGCAUUUUAAAUGGAGAGACUGGCAGUUGCUUGUUUUUUUAAUCUGUUCUAAUAACUGACAGCAUUAGAAUGUUCCAAGAUUUUGAAAGCCAGUACUGGAAUAAUCAACUGAAGUUGGGAGGGCUGCAACAGCUUUGGAAUACAGCUUUUGAGGUGUAGUUUUUGUGGAACUACUGUUCUUUUAAUAAAGCUGCACUCCUAUAUCAUCUUAACUGGGGAAGCCUCAUUGCAUAUGGGAAGUGGGCAACGGCAGGAAUGAGAGAAAGGUGAAGACCCAUUGCAGAAGUCUGUUCUGACUGCGCACAGAUAUUGUUGCAUUUGCAUACAUCUCUCUCUCUCUCUCUCUCUCUCUCUCUCUCUCUCUCUCCACACCCUUGCACCUGAGUUUCAUUUCUUGUUGAAUUGAUGUAUUUAAAAGACAUCAUUCAAUUAAGUAGAUUUGUUUUGCAAAAGAGGCUACAGUAUUUUGUUUCAUUUCCCCCCCUUCAGUGUACAAUGCAGUUGGACUGGCAGCAUAUGAGCUAUUUGACAGUGUGGAUUUCGAUCAGUGGUUCAGAAACCAGCUGCUAGCGGAAUUGCAAAUCACUCAUAACAGGUACAAGCCCCUUUCUGUUGGCUGUCAAUAUGAAUUCAGCAAGCUUUGGUAUGAAGUCUUAACUCUUCCGUUACGCUUUGCAGUUCUUCACUUUCACAUUGGUAUUUGCAGUAGAUUUCUCUGCUUUCAAAAAAGCAAUAAAUAUGUAGUAUCUUUUAUUGAUGCAUCAGCUUUUGAUCUGGGCAGCAUGCCUGUUUUGAAUUGCAUAGAAUUCUCCAAUGGCUUUUCCUUCUUGUUCUAGAUCUGGGUCCUGACACAGCUGUUGGCCCAGCCAGCUGCCUUGACUGCUUUGACUUCUCUCAGUUCUUUGUCCAUGUUGUGUGGUUUGCUACGUGCAGGUCUUAUGGGGCUUGAAAUCAAGUAAAUCGCCCUGUAGCACCAUGUACCUUGGCAGCACUCUAUAAGUAACAACUUCACUUGGGUUGCAAUAAUGCAAAGUAUCUUAAGAUUUACUGUAUCAUAAUCCCCGUAUUGUCAAGGCGUAGUGUUGAAUAUUCUUUGAAUAGCUAACCGUGCAUCAUAAUAUAAAAUUAAAAUCUAAAAACUUGAUGACCGGUCUUUAUGAAACUAAGGUGUUAGUUCAAGGGCAUUUAUUUUUAAAAAUGUAAAAGUUCUAUCCUUGACACUAAUGAAUAUUAAGAAUUGUGAGGAUUGUAGUGCCAAAAUAUCUUCCUAGAGACAGCAGAAUCUGUUCCUCCAACAGAUUUCACUCAUGGAAUGUUUUCAGCAUUAAUAUUCUAUGAUUUAAAUAAGCAAAUUUACCUGUUUGAAAUUAUUGUGGAGACAUUGUGUAUUUUCUCCCAUAGAAAUAGACCUUUGGAAUGUUUAUUCUGCAGUAUUCUGCAGGGGCUGAGGUGGAGCCCUGAGCAGUCUGAUGUUGAUUAUAAAAACAAACACGUGUUCACACUUUGUUGGUAGAAAUUACAGUAUUGAAAAGCAUUUUUUGUAUUGACCUUUAAACAAUUUAAUGCAAUACAGUCUUAAAAGCCCUAUCUUCACAUAAUAAUUUUUGUUAUGUUUGAAGGUAUAAACCAAUCCGUCGGCGAGUGAUCUGGCUAAUUGGACAAUGGAUUUCUGUGAAAUUCAAGUCUGACUUGAGACCAAUGCUGUAUGAAGCAAUUUGUAAUUUGCUUCAAGACCAAGACUUAGUGGUACGUAUAGAUCAAUCUCUUUGACAAAUACUCUGUACUGUAUUUAUUUUUCGUGUAACUGGCCUUUCUCUUCUACCUUGCAAAUAGUAUGUGCUUUUGUUCAUGCUCUUGUGUUAGGAAGGUCUCUCAAGCUUUAGUUCUGUAUAGGCUUACCUGACAGUAAGUCCCAUUAAUCUCACUUCUGAGUACAUGCAUAGCCCGAGCUGUUUGUGAAGUUUUAUUAUCUUUGAUCAUCUCUAUGCCCCUGAAAGCUGUGGAAAAGUGAACUAUAGUUUUGUAUGGAAACUUUUCUAGACCGCUCAAGUCCUUACAGAGGACUAGUUGAAUUUGUGAGAAUGAUCCGCCAUUGUAUAUAUUUGCAGAACAUGUAUGCAUUAGAUCAUAGCUCAUGCUGUAUAUUGGAGAAAUUUUCCUACUUUGCCAGCAGGCCAGUAUCUACCAUCUGAGGAAUCAGUCCAUUGAGUCACAUUUGUAGAGCUGCUUUAAAUGUCCAGACCAAAUCCAGUAAGCAGGCCUUGAGUUGCAAUGAUCAGUCAUUUUCAAUGGCCAUCAAGUGAGAGUCUUGGAUGGGCAAGAACAACCUGGAUGAAAGCCUGAUUGCUGUCUAGUGCAAUAUAUCUGCUUGUUUGAUGGGUGGCCAUUGGGAUUGAUAUCUUGUACAGUUCUGUCAGUUGAUUUCAUUUGUCUUCUGGUGUUUUUGCAGUGCACGUUUAGUAGAAUAGAUGGAGUGAUUGCUGAUCGUCUUUAGGUGAUUGAGAGGGAGAUAUUGGAGUGAUUGGAUGGAUGGUGGGAUAUUGUGUAAUGGUGGAUGUCUAUGAGGUGUGGGAGAAAAGUAGGAUGAGUAGUGGUACUGAAUGAUUUGUGUUUCUGUAGUAGUCAGAUUGGUUCAGAAUCUAUCCACACCAGAUCUGGGUGUUAGUAAGUGGUGCUGCAUAUUGUGAGUCAGGAUGUGCCUUGGCAAGAGGGAGGGUGAAGUGGGAACGGAUAUUUGACUCUUAGUAGAUGUUUUCAAGAAGUAUUGCUACGUUUUGCUUCGGGGGGAUUUUUAUUGUUUUAUUUGUUACUGCAGUUUUCCAGUUCAGUCAUUUGUUAUAUCUAUAGCUAUUAGGGGACGCAGCUGGCGCUGUGAGUUAAACCACAGAGCCUAGGACUUGCCGAUCAGAAGGUCAGCGAUUCGAAUCCCCGCGACGGGGUGAGCUCCCGUUGCUCGGUCCCUGCUCCUGCCAACCUAGCAGUUCGAAAGUGCAAGUAGAUAAAUAGGUACUGCUCCAGCGGGAAGGUAAAGGGUGUUUCCGUGCGCUGCUCUGGUUCGCCAGAAGCGGCUUAGUCAUGCUGGCCACAUGACCCAGAAGCUGUACGCCGGCUCCCUUGGCCAAUAAAGCGAGAUGAGCGCCGCAACCCCAGAGUCGGUCACGACUGGACCUAAUAGUCAGGGGUCCCUUUACCUUUUGCCUUUAUUGUGUAUGUUAUUUUUGUAAACUGCUUAAAGAUUGUAUUGGUAUUAAAUGGUGUAUCAAUAUGUGAAACAUAAAUAAAUGUGGGACAAAGAGUCGCCUUCCAAUUUUGCAGCUCGGUAAAGAAAAUAUUUUUGUUCUUCUCAUGGUUGAAUUGCAUAGGGUGAGAAAUAGUGCACCAUCAAUAGACCUGCCAGUACCCAAUGUCUAUCUCUCAUACAAUAAGCACUUAAAUAUCAAACUAUAAAUAAAAAAAAAAUAUAAUAAAUUUUCAGUACUUGAAAACACAAGUACAUCACAUUUGAUAUAUGGAUUGGGCCCUCAAAUUUCCGGACUGAGCUGAUUAGUUUUACAAGAAUAACUACACUGUUCACAUUCAUGCAAGCAAAGCUGAUUAAUGAGCCUUUGAUACUUGACUACAUCUACAUAGUUUUGCUGUGAUCAUAAACUUCAGUUUCUUUAUAUUUUGAUUGUGUAAUAUUUGACCCACCCUUCUGUCAUUGAAUAUAUAUUUGCUCUGUAUAUCUUUAACUUGAACAAAGUAUAUCCAUCUCAAAAUCAGUUCCGAUUGUGUUCCGUUAUGAAAUAAAAGAUAUAAAGUUUGGCUAUAAUUCCAUUUACAGCAGCUGAAUUGGUAGUUCUGACUGGCAGCUUGUUCAAAUAGCAGGAAGAAUAGCCUUGUAGAAGGAUAAAAUUUUAAUAAGAAAGAUAAGGCAUACAGUAAGGCAUAUCAGUCUGAAGCAAAGCCAUAUCGCACUGAAAUAUUUCCACCCCAGACUUGUUACACAAUAUUAAUUUUCUCUUUCUUCUCAACCAGAAUAUCUUCAGUAGCAAACAAAAUAAUCAACAACCUUCAAAUACACUUCCCCCUGUGUCCUCAAGUUUGACAAUUGAGUACCAUUUUGAAUUGUCAAAUCUGAAACAAAGGUUGUUUGAUCAUCACAUCAAUACGCUCAUUUUGAAAAGGUGAAAAACACUUGGUGAAAUGUUUAAGGAGAAAAUGGUCUCUCAAGUUCUUAAAUAUAAGACUCUCAAUUAGUUGAAUUUGUUAUUCUGUGUCUAUGUCGUGGGGCAGGGAUCAGCCAAUAGAAAUGAAAGAUAUAGUUUGUUGGACUGUGUAUCAACUUUGUGAAUAUUUUGUGAAAACGUUUUAUAAACAAAUCUAACUGACCAACAUGAUUUGUUCUUGUUUAAUUAUUUUCUUUCAGGUCCGUAUUGAGACAGCUACAACUCUGAAACUAAAUAUCCUUUCCCUUAUUUAAAGUAUUCCAUUGUUAACUGAAUCGCUGAAAUUGCUUUGGUUUAAUGUUGCUCGUUUCAAAAUAUUAACUGCACAAAGAUUUUGGUUUUCCUUAACUGCAUUUUACCUGUGGAUGACUUCGAGUUUAGGACUGAUCAGUUUCUACCAGUAAGUGCAUGUGACCCGCCCCCCUCCCUGUACCCCAGUUGUGUACUAAAUUCAAAAGCAAGUAAAACCACUUAAUUGAAAUGCAAUCACUUACUUUGGUGUGGUUAGAAUUCAGUAGUGUUUCUUAAGAAGUGAAAAUUGAAAUUCCAUUAGAAUGUUGCGUGAAGAAGUAGGGGUAGAAAUUGGGUGUUGUAUCAAAUGUUGUAUGUGCAAGUUUUACUUGCACAGCACAGCCUUCCCUUCAUCUCUUUCUGAAACCCCACCCCCAAAUCUGCUUUAGAGAGUCUUCCAAUCCUCUGGAGCAGAUUUUGAAGGGGUGCUGGGGAAAGGAGGAGCAAAGUUGUCUCUUGUGCAAGUAGAAUGGCACCAUUGGACACAUCCCUGGAUAAUAGAAAUCAUUUGUAGAAUCUCUAAAAUACAGUGCUACCUCGGGUUACAUAUGCUUCAGGUUACAGACUCCGCUAACCCAGAAAUAAUGCUUCAGGUUAAGAACUUUGCUUCAGGAUGAGAACAGAAAUCGUGCUCUGGCGGCGCGGCAGCAGCAGGAAGGCCCAUUAGCUAAAGUGGUGCUUCAGGUUAAGAACAGUUUCAGGUUAAGUACGGACCUCCGGAACGAAUUAAGUACUUAACCUGAGGUACCACUGUACUUAACCCGAGGUACCACUGUACACUCCUAUUCUGUAUAUGAUUAGCAUCUUGCAGACCACACUGACAUUGCAUGGUGGGAUUACUAUAGUGUAUUCUUAGCAAGGUAGUUAUUUGGGCUGUUUAUAAGUCUCAGCCUCACCUUCUUAAGCCCUUUCCUGAAAUGCUGGACCUACAUUUUGCUGCUUUACAACAGGAAGUCAUUUUGUAGUGUGGCAUAGCUGCUGGUGUUGUGCCGUUAGUGAAGUCUGGAGUAAUUCAUUGGGCAAAUUGAAUAGACUGAGAAGAAGGGGCCUAUGGAAUGGGAUGAACAGAGAAUGUACAGUGUGAGGGAAGAAAUGGCAGAGAGAAAGUAAUAUGUUGAGGAAAGGAAAGACUGAGAAGAAAGGUGAGGCCUGGGGGCAAUAUGGUGUAAGUAGUGGGGGAUAAGUCAGGAUUUGUAGCUUUGGAUUUGUAGCUCCCAGAAUGAGUUUGGUCUAUGGGAACAGAGAAGAGGGAUUUAAUGUGGCACAGGCCAGUAUUUCCCAUGUUGAACUGACACUAGCCAGAUAUUUUGUGGCUGGUCCCUAGAGGAAUUGAAUUAACGAUUAAGAACUGUAUCAGUGUCCUUACUAACUCAGACCCAUGUUGUCUUUCUUUUGCAGUAUCUGGAAUCUAUGUUUACCCUGCUCUUUCAGCUUCUUCAAGAAGUUAGAGAAUGUGACACAAAGAUGCAAGUUCUUCAUGUUCUGUCUUGUGUAAUUGAAAGAGUCAACAUGCAAGUAAGUAGAUACCUCAGAGUGUGGAAAAACUGUUGCACAUCUAAAUUCAUAGGAACACAAGACUUUGAAACCAUUAAAUAUUGGCCUAUUUCUGCGUUUGCAGUUCCAACACUAUCCCAACCCCCCUUUAAGCAUUUGAACUGUUUGAACCAAAUCCCUUUAGACAUGUUGAAUGUGUGGGGAAACCUUGAUAGUGUCCGGCCACUCAAAGUUCUGUAACAAACCCGCCAGACAUUGGAAUGUUUUCUCAGGCAUUCUUUGUGUGUCCCGAUCCUGAACAAGCAAGUCAAAGUUGUUAUCUUUAGUAAUUUAUCACUUAAUUUACAUGGGUUGUGAACGCAUUGAUGUUGAUUUCCAUACAGUUGUAGCACUCCUUAUUGGGGGGUGGGGGUGGUGACGACAACCCAAAGCAACUAACAGUAACUGGGGGAAAAGAAAGUAAAAUUCUAAUUCAUUCGUCCCUAUGAAACCUUUUUUUUUCCUGAGGCUGUUCCUACAAAAUCUUACAUGGAGAGUUGUAAUCUAUGAGAACUUAAGAUCUAACUAUUAAAAUUGUACCACUUUAUUUUAACCACAGAUAAGACCUUACGUAGGAUGCUUAGUUCAGUAUUUACCUCUCCUUUGGAAACAAAGUGAAGAGCACAAUAUGUUGAGGUGUGCUAUCCUUACUACCUUAAUACAUCUUGUCCAGGUAAAAUAUCUGAUGUUUUUUCUUCUUUCCCCUCUCUGCUCAUUAGCUUGUGUUGUACCUUGUUAAAACUUUAGAGAGAACAAGUGGGAACCCACAUCAAAACGUUGCAGUGUACCUUGAACCCCUAAGAAGUGUGCAUUCCUCCAAUGCUAAUCCUCCUUCCAAAAUAUUUAUUAUAAGCUUUUAGGACCUUGAGCAGGCCGGCUUUGUCUCUCUCUCUCUGUCUCUGCCCCACUGCCCCUGCUUUCAGUUGCCUAACGUUUCACAGCUCAACUGCCUUCAUCCAUAAGUUUAUACAAGAUAAUACUCUGGAAUAGCUGCUACUCCUCUCCGUACUAAUUAUUUUCUUGGGUUAGUAUUGGCAGUCAGCACAAAAUCAACACAGAAUGAGUUGAAAGACCCGUUCUUUAAACACGCUGGCAACACUUGCACAAGGUCGUGUCCUUUUACUGUCAAUUAAUGUAUCUGGAGUUUAGUUUGGACAGAGCUUGCAUAGAGUCAAUAAUAUACUUUAACUAUUAAGGUUAUUACCGGGAUUUGAUGUGGGUCAUUUCUCAGGACUUAGCCUUGGAAUCUGUUUUCUGCACCGGUUAUGAGUCCCUGGGAUGUGUAACGCAUCAUAAGGAGGAGUCUGUCUGUAGAACUUUUACCUGAGUAGCAGUAGCCUGUCCACAAAUGCAGGAUUAAAAUUUAGGGCUGCUUAGUGUAGAUUGGCAGCUCUUGUCAUAUAAAUCAAGCUCUUAGUGACUUCUAAGUGAAAGCCUGUUUUAGCUUAAUUUUUUCUAAUCUUCAUUGGUGAGUAUUAUGAGGAAGUGUUCUUGGAGAGAGAAAAAACAUGCCAGCCACAUUGUGAUAAUUUUUUGUUCUUUAAGAGUCCAUUUUCCUAGCAAUGAGCCCUCCUGCCCAAUCUUUCUCUCCAGUCUUCUGAACUGGAACAAGAAGGCAUUGGAGUGUUUACUGGUACAUGUUUUGCUCCCGUUGCUUCCUGGGAGUUUGAUGUAGAACCAUAGUGUGGAGACAGGAGAGUGGCAUUUCAACAAAAGAAAGUUGUUCAAGCUGAGAAAGCUGCCCCUUGUCAUAUCUAGUCUGUGAACCAGAGAAUACAGUAUUGUAUCUAAUCUUGUUUCUCUGAGGUUCGUAUCCCACUCAGCCAAGCCUUAUCCAAAAAACUGACUGUUCUAAUUACUUCAAAGUAGAGUCACUUGCCAGCUUUUUAUAGUAGUUAGUUACUUAUAUCACUCUUUUCCUGAAAGCCUUUUCAAAAAUUUCAAUAAUCUGCUAUCGCUCCUGUUUGUAGCAGCAAGUACUCAGGUGUUCUGAUCAAUGUGUUAUUAUUUCUUCAGGGCUUAGGAGCAGAUAGCAAGAAUCUUUAUCCUUUCCUGCUCCCGGUUAUUCAGCUAAGCACUGAUGUUUCCCAGCCCCCUCAUGUGUAUCUUCUAGAAGACGGACUAGAAUUGUGGUAAGCAUUUUGUGCCACUCCCUUCAGAAAACCAGAGCAAUUUUAUAUUUGAAUUUGGGUAAGGAAUGUGACUGGGGUAUGUUGAAGGAUCUGAAUGCAUGGGGAAGGGGUGGUGAGCCUCUGGCCCAGGGGCCUCCUUAUCUGGCCCUCAGGAUUCGCUCUGCCCUGUGUCAUUCAGUGCUUCAGUCUAGCUGGAAUACUGUGAUAAUCUUUGUGAGGUGUGUGUGUGUGGCUUUUGUCUGGUUUUAUAUUCUGAUUUUAUCCUGUGCACUACCUUGAGGCCUGUGGGUGUAUAAAUUCUAACAACAACAACAACAACAACAAUGAUGUAGCCUGCCCUAUGAAAAUAAGAAAAUAAUUGUUUUGGCCAGGCCCACCAUGGACAGAUGCCCCCAGACAGAAAUGUGGCCCUCAAGGUAGAAAAGAUUCCCCACUCCUGAUGUAGGGUAUUAUAUUAGUAAGUCACUGGGGCAGCUACCAUAUUUUUUGCUCUAUAAGACUCACUUUUUCCCUCCUAAAAAGUAAGGGGAAAUGUGUGUGCGUCUUAUGUAGCGAAUGCAGGCUGCGCAGCUAUCCCAGAAGCCAGAACAGCAAGAGGGAUUGCUGCUUUCACUGCGCAGUGAUCCGUCUUGCUGUUCUGGCUUCUGAGAUUCAGAAUAUUUUUUUUCUUGUUUUCCUCCUCCAAAAACUAGGUGUGUCUUGUGGUCUUAUAGAGCGAAAAAUACAGUGCAUUUUUUUUUAAAGGGGAAAAAAACUCCAGCAUCUUUUAACCCCCUUUCCUGCAUUCUGAUCCAACAGUUUCUUUCCAGUUUUACUGCUGAAUUUAAAUUAUUAGUAUUGUUUUAUUAUUAUGUUUUGUACACGACCAUUAUACUUUUGACUGUUGAGCAUUUUAUACAUGGUUUUAAAUAAAUAAAUUUAUUUGUAGUCUAGAUAUCCAAGCAUGCUUUUAAAUAUUAAUUUUAAAUAAUAUGUGUGACAGAUUUGGAAACAGCUGACCUUGAGAGUUGACCAGAGUGGAAAGCUUCACUUUUAAUAGUUACCAUUGACUCUAGGAGCUACAGUAUCAUCACAUAAUGAAGACCUUUGUAUGUAGUUUGACUGAUAAAGGAGUUUAAAAACAUAAUAAUGUUCAUUGAGUUCUAGGGUAUACAAACAUAGAAAAGCUACAAUACCUAUUGCAGGUCUUUCAUAUUUCAGAAUACAAAACAUAAAAUAAGAUCUAAAGAAACAUAUUAAUGGAAACAAUGAUAAAUGAGUUUUGUUUUUUUUCCUCCCUUCCCUAGGCUAGUAACAUUAGAGAAUAGCCCUUGCCUUACCCCAGAGUUGCUGCGAAUUUUUCAGAACAUGUCUGCUCUUCUUGGUGAGUUAUCAAUAUUUAAAUCUAAUAUGAACUGCAUGGACACCAUUUACAUUCAAAACUUAUCUAGCAGUAUUUCAUGUGCCAUGUUAUUUACUAUUUGUACUUGUUCAUGUAAGCAGAUGAACAAGUACAUCGCUUCCAAGGAAGAGCCUAGUGAUAAGAUCUAACAAUUUAAAAAAACAAACCCUGAAUCAUAUCUUGUACACAAUUUGCCAUCUGUAUAUUUAAUGCAUAUUCUUCUGCAUCCGUAAAAGCCGCAAUCCAGGGACAGUUAAGAAGCUGAAAUUCCACUGGGAUUUACCCAGUUUAAGUGUGCAUAUCAUUGUAGAGUCCUUAUUUGUAUCUACUAUAUUUAUAGCAAUGUGUCGACUGCAUCCUGUUUUCUUUUUAACACUCACUAUUUUGUAGUAUUUUCAUUAACCAAGUAAAACCUUUAUGGUUCAUGUUUUGGAGAACCUUUUAAUAAAAGUAGGUAUUUCUUAGCUCUUAUGAAAACGUAUACCAUUACACAGUUCUGUGACACUGCAAGCCUUUCUUCUUUGCUGUUUCCUGUCCCUGUCUCUGCACAUAUAACUCAGAGUGUUUUCUUUCUAGAGGCCCCUGCAUAUCAGUCUGGAGGGCAUACAUAGAGGCUUUGCCUCAGCUUGGAACCUCUUUUUCCCAGAAGUCUGCCAAAGCUCAGACUUAAGUAUUUUUUAUGGGAGACACCAUAAUCUUUUCAGUUCUCUAAAGGUCUUAGUCCAGACAUAGGCAAACUCCAGCCCUCCGGAUGUUUGGGACUACAAUUCCCAUUAUCCCUAGCUGACAGGACCAGUGUUCAGGGAUGAUGGGAAUUGUAGUCCCAAACAUCUGGAGGGCCGGAGUUUGCCUAUGCCUGUCUUAGUCCAACCCUGGGUGCAUUUUAUUUUUCGAUCGGUUUUGAAUUUGGCUCUCAAAUUUCCACUAUUAACAAAUUGCCAGAAUAAUGAUGACAUGUAAAAAAAUUUAUCUCUAACAUUGUUAGCACUUGUUUUCAUAGAGUAACUAUGGCUGCAUUUAGACCAACUUCUGUUCUGAUGUGAGGAUUUCUCCCUUUUCUUGCUGUUUUUUGCACUUGGACAGCCACUGAUCUAGGGGGUUCUUCCUCUGGGCAAGAGGGCAAAAGCAGGUGCAAAUUACCUUUGGAGGUGAUUGAUUUACAGCUUCAUCUGCUGCGUUUCCUCCAGGGCAGCACAUUUCACAGCAGCAUGUGAUGCAGUGUAAUGUGGGUCAAGGGAGGAAGGAGUUGUGAGAGUUUAUCAGACAUUUUCCCCAUACUUUGAAGCCAGUCUUUUCAUACACAAGUGAUUGAAACAUUUUUUUUAAAUUUAAACUAGGGGAAGAGUUGAAAAGUGCCCAUUAAACCUCCACUGUUUCCCUUUAUCUCUGAUGCACAUAGAUAAUAUGUGCUGAUGCUUCUGUAGCUAAAGCAACAACAUUCUCAUACAAGAGGGAGGCACCGGCAGGCUCCAGAAAACCCCAGGUUUUAGAGAAGUACCUUAGGGAGGAAAGGAUCGAGCAUGCUCAGUUAUCCUGCAGUGCUUCCUGGUGUUGGGAAGGGGGAAAACAGAUGGCCAGAAUGGAACGGAGUUUCGUGGAGGAGGACGUGGCUGGCUGAAUAGAAAAGAGAAUAGGAUUUCUCCACACUGCAGCAUUUCGCACCAGGUCCCCACUUUGGAAAAUAACAACAACAACUUAUUAUUAUUAUUUAUACCCCGCCCAUCUGGCUGGGUUUCCCCAGCCACUCUGGGCAGCUUCCAACAAAGAUUAAAAAUGCAUUAAAACAUCCGUCAUUAAAAACUUCCCUAAACAGGGCUGCCUUCAGAUGUCUUCUAAACGUCAGAUAGUUGUUUAUCUCUUUGACAUCUGAUGGCAGAAUGUUCCACGGAGUGGGCGACACUACCGAGAAGGCCCUCUAGAUGGGCACACACAGUCAUGACAAUAACUCGUGGAAAUGUACUCACCAUAAUCUAUCAUAGUGACAGUUUGAGUUGACAGUACAACCUUAAAUAGAUCCAUGUAGAUAAUGUGGCCUCCAGCCUGAAAAUAGACAGGAACUAUAGUUCAGUAGUAGAGCAAUAUACAUGGAUAAAAUCCCAGGUUCAGUCCUUGGCAUCUCCAGGUCAGGCGGCAGGUAAUAGGAAAGGCCUCUGCUCUACCCAGUGUGGUGUAGUGGUUCAAAGCGGUGGACUCGUAAUCUGGUGAACCGGGUUUGAUUCCCCGCUCCUCCACAUGCAGCUGCUGGGUGACCUUGGGCCAGUCACACUUCUCUGAAGUCUCUCAGCCCCGCUCACCUCACAGAGUGUUUGUUGUUGUGGGGGAGGAAGGGAAAGGAGAAUGUUAGCCACUUUGAGACUCCUUCGGGUAGUGAUAAAGCGGGAUAUCAAAUCCAAACUCUUCUUCUUCUACUCUUCUUCUAAGACCCUAGAGAGCUGCUGCUGACCAGAGGAGAUGGUCCUGGGAUAGAUGGGCAAAUUGUCCGAUCUUGCAUAAAACAAUUUGCUAGUCCUCUAAAUUAUUUCUAGAAUUCUCUUUGGCUGCAUUGCAAAGUCCUUCUGCAGCAUAACUUUUUAGAAAGCUUUUAGUGCCAUCCGGUUGGGUUGGUCUAGGAAAAGAGCUCUGAUUUAAGCAAGCGUUCUGUUUUCCAGAGAUCCAAAUGAGAUGUUCACAAUUAGGUCUGCGAAUUAACUCAGUUAUCCAAACCUACUUGGCCUGCUUUGUAUAAGCAAGUUAAUUGGGUCACUUGGAUCAGUAGUUUGGAAAACCACCAGCGAGUAGCUGAGUUCAGCAGUUGAGUCUGGCACAAUGUGGUUCUUUCACUAGAAUUAAUAGUUUGCUGCUGCUGCUCACCAGCAAACUCUCCCUCAAGAGCAGUUGUACAGUUUUAUGUGUGCUUUCCAGCGGUAGCUGAUGAAAGGAGGAAAAUGCUCUUUACACAUUGCAGUUACAAACCAGACUUGAGAAAGUAGCAGUUAUCAUGAGAUACUUUUCACAUGAACAUUAACAAGAAAGUUUUUUUAUUCAUCCUGCUGAGCUGUGGCUGUAAUCGUAAUGUAACAGCCUUUCUGUUACAUUAGUCCAAGGUACCAAUUAAAUUGUGAGAUUUAUGCACUUAUUUCUAGGGCACCUGUCAGGGAACUGCCAUCGGACGGAAGGGAGGUGAAAGGGCUCACACAGGUUGGGAGAGACGCAGCAGCUGAAGAGGGAACCAACAGGGAGGUGAAAGGGCUCACACAGGUUGGGAGAGACGCAGCAGCUGAAGAGGGAACCAACAGGGAGGUGAAAGGGCUCACACAGGUUGGGAGAGACGCAGCAGCUGAAGAGGGAACCAGCAGGGGGAGAGGAGCUGAGCUGGAGGGAUGGCUCAGGGACACUUCCAGCGAAAACAGUGGGGAGGUUUCAGAACCUCCUGUAAGAACACCCACUCCUCGCCGGAAACUGUCACGCAGAGAUUCCAGAAGACGUGUUUCCGUUAAGGAGCUUUUAUGUUGGAAGCGAUUACGAAAGCAACCACUGUCGGAAUCUGCUAGUGACUAGAGUAGCCAUGUCUGAGGGCUCCGUCACAGACAGAGGUUUGUGGACUUGAACAAACUCUGAGGGGAUACGAUUUUACGCACAAGCAGCUAAUCAUCCCAUCACAGCAUUCCGACAGUCUUUGAAAGCAGCUUGUGCAGGAGAAGGCAUCAUGAGCAACCCAGCCGGAACCGGAGAAGCAGGAGCUGGAGCGGGUCCAAGCCUGGAAGAAAGGUACCAGAUGUUGGAGGUCCAGCUAGCGAUGCAGACGGCGAGGCUUGAGGAGAGGAGGGCUCAGGAUGCAGACAAAAGGGGAAAGCCACCCAGUUCGCCAGAAAGGUACCAGGAUUGGUGCAGAAGUUUGGGGGGGAGCCCAAAAACUAUCAUGGUUUUCGGACAGAAAUGCAAUAUGCACUCAAUCUGCAGUUUGAUGAAUUCCCUGACGAGGAAUCACGAGUGGCUUUCGUGAUUGAGCAUCUUGAAAAGGGGGCGAGAGACUGGGUUAGACCCCUGAUGGCAGCGAAUAAUGAUGUCUUAAAGGACACGAUGAAGUUCUUUCGCGCCAUGGAUCUGAUGUUUUCCAGCGAUAUUGAAAAGGGAGUGGUGCGCAGACAGUUAAUGGGUUGCAAACAGGGGAGCCAAUCUGUCCGUGAGUACUGGACUGAGUUCACCAUGCUGGUUCACAGAUUGGGGUGGGACUUAUCGGCGGAACCCAUUCAAAUGCUCUUUGAAGAAGGGCUUUCUUCGGCUGUGAAAGACGAACUUUCCCGGGCGCCCAGGGCGGAGUCUAUGGACCAGCUGACCAAAUCAGCGCUGGCCAUAGGAGCGCGCCAGGAGGCGAGAGCAUUGGAGAGGCGGGAAGGGAAAGGCGAACGUUGGAAGGAGUUACGCAUUCCAGACAUUCCAGAGCCAACUUUCCCACCCGCAGAGCCGAUGGAAAUCGGAACAGCGCGCGCGCGCGCAGUUUCAAAGCCCAGUGAGGGGGCAAAGAAGGAGGGAAAAGGCGCCCGGAAAUGCUAUCUCUGCCAACAGCCAGGUCACUUUGCCAGAGUCUGCCCCCAGAGGAAAGAAUGGCAAGGGAUGGUAGGAGCUGUGGAUGGAAGAGAGGAAAAUAUACCGGAGCAAGUAAAGCCAACGCCUGGCUGCCACUGUCAGGGCACAGCAGCCAGGCCAAAGAGCAGUGAGAGUGCCCACGCCAGAACCUCCUAAACCCGCCCUAGUGAUAGAAGUGACGCUAGAGCUGCCAAACGGACACCCUCUAAAGAUAAAGGCGCUGUUGGACUCAGGCAGCUCCUGCAAUUUCAUGAGCAAGGAGUUUGCAGCUGAACACCAGAUACAGACAAUCCCUUUAAGCAGCCCCCUGCAGGUGACCACGAUCGAUGGCAGGGAGCUGUUGGGUGGAGAAGUCAGCUUGCAGACCGUCCCAAUGAUAAUGAAGGUAGCAAGACACACCGAACUGAUAGCUUUUAAUGUGGCCACCUUGGGAGGAGCUCCCAUUAUAUUAGGGAUGAGCUGGCUAGCGUUACAUGAUCCGCUGGUGGGCUGGCAUCAGAGAGUGGUUUCUUUUGGUUCAGCACAUUGCUUAGAACACUGCAAGGAGGGAAAGGGUUUGGCAGGGGUCCAAGCCACCCUAGCAGGGACUGAAGUAACAGAGAACGUGAAGGUACCACGACAAUAUGCAGAUCUCCGUGACGUCUUCAGCGAAAGGGAAGCUGACCAACUACCCCCGCAUAGACCCUUUGACUGUCAAAUCAACUUACUCCCUGGAGCACAGCUCCCUGUAGGCAAGCUGUAUGCCAUGUCAGACAGAGAGAUGCAGGAGUUAAGAGAGUUCAUUGACAAGAACCUGAAGAGAGGGUUCAUCAGAGAGUCCAGGGCGGUGGGGGGCAGCCCAGUGUUUUUUGUGGAUAAGAAAAACACGAACAAGCCGAGGCUGGUGUGUGACUUCAGGGCCUUAAAUGCAGUGUCAGAACCAGUAGCCUUCCCUAUGCCCAGGAUUGACGACAUUUUGACAAGGGUGCGGAAGGGAAAGAUUUUCACAAAGCUGGACCUAAGGGGGGCGUACAACCUGGUACGAAUAAGGAAGGGGGAUGAAUGGAAAACCACUAUGUUCACCCCUUUAGGGGCAUUUGAAUAUUUGGUUAUGCCCUUCGGCCUACAAGCAGGCUCCGCAACAUUUCAAUCGUUUAUGAACCACGUCCUGGGGCCUUUGCUUUACAAGAAUUGUGUGGCCUUUUUAGACGACGUGUUGGUGUAUUCUGAGAAUGAGGAGCAGCAUGUGAGAGACGUCAGAGAAGUGUUGAGCAGGCUGCAAGCCAACCAGCUGUGGGUGAAACUGGAGAAGUGUCAGUUUCAUACCAAGGAGGUGGAAUUCCUGGGGUAUCGCCUGUCAGACAAGGGAUUGGCCAUGGAUCCCGGCAAGGUCCAGGCGGUGCUGGAAUGGAAAACACCCAAAACAAAGAAGGAUGUGCAGAGGUUCCUAGGAUUUGGGAACUUCUAUCGUAAGUUCAUCCGAAACUUUGCCCACCUGACGGCGCCCAUUACGGACUGUCUCAGCAGUAAGAAGAAGUUCGUGUGGACUGAGGAGGCGGAGCGAGCAUUUGAGGAACUAAAAAGGGCCUUCGGCUCGGAACAACAACUCCUGCAUGUGGAUUUACAAAAACCGAUGAGAGUGGAAACUGACGCAUCAGACAGAGCGAUUGGGGCGGUGCUUCUGCAGCCAGGCAAGAAGGGGUCAGAGUGGAGACCGUGUGCCUUUUUCGCGAAAGCUGAACAAAUCCGAGAGGAACUACACGGUGUAUGACCGAGAACUACUAGCCAUUCAUGAGGCGUUCCGGAGGUGGAGGCACCUGCUAAUUGGCGCACAACAUAAGGUGCAAGUGUGCACUGACCACAAGAACCUAGAGUAUUGGAGGACGGCACGAGUGCUCAACCAACGGCAAGUGAGAUGGGCCCAGGAGUUCUCCAAAUUUAACUUUGAGAUUAGUUACGUGCCAGGCCCAGAGAACAUUAGGGCGGACGCUCUCUCACGCAAACCUGAAUAUUUGGAGGGGAGGGGCACCGAAGAGAGACAUGUCAUUCCAGAAGACCGCUGGGUGUGUGGGGCGGCAUUGGUGGGACAAAGAGAACUGGUAGAGGAAACAGAGAAUGAUGAAUACGCCCAGAAUAAGCUCAGAGGUCUUAGGGGUGAUGGAGAGGAACCAGGGGGUUUCGAGGAAAGAAAUGGAGCUUUGUAUUACAAAGGGGCACUGUAUAUCCCUGAAGGAGAGUUAAGGGGAGGGUACUCAAGCAGUUGCACGACAGCCCUACGGCGGGGCAUUUUGGACAACACAAAACCAUGUGGUUGGUCACCAGGGAAUUUUGGUGGCCUAAGGUGAGGGAAGAUGUACGGGAGUAUGUAAGAGGGUGCGAGCAAUGCCAGCGAGCCAAAGGGGAAAGGCGGGCGCCGGCGGGGCUAUUAGAACCCUUACCAACCCCAGAACGACCUUGGGAGGCAGUGUCGAUAGAUUUUAUGACUGAUUUGCCGAAGUCCAAAGGGAAAACAGCCAUCAUGGUGGUGGUAGACCUACUAACAAAGAUGUGCCACUUUGUAGCUUGCUCGCAUGCAGUCACGGCGGAAGAGACAGCGAAGUUAUUUGUAGAACACAUUUUUAGGUUGCACGGGGUGCCAUUGAGGGUGGUCUCAGACCGAGGAAAACAAUUUACUUCCAGGUUCUGGAGGAAGCUCAUGAGCUUACUGCAGGUGGAGGUCAAUUUUUCGACUGCCCGGCACCCUGAAACCAACGGGCAGGCGGAAAGAGCAAACGGUGUCCUCCAGCAAUACCUGAGGUGUUAUGUCAAUGACAGAGAGAAUGACUGGGUAGAUAAGUUGGCGCUGGCGGAAUUUGCCUACAACAAUGCCGAGAAUGUGUCCACAGGGAUGAGCCCCUUCUUGGCUAAUUAUGGGUGUCAUCCCAGGGCUUUCCCAGGGGGAGAGGGGGAGAGAUGGAGCGUCCCGGCAGCCGAGCAUUUCGUGGAAGAAAUGGAAGCAAUCCAUCGUCAGCUCCAACUCAACUUAGAAAGGGCGAAGGAAGAAUACAAGAGGCAGGCAGACAAGAACCGAAGGGAAGGUGAAACCAUAAGGGUGGGAGAUAGGGUGUGGCUGUCAACCCAAGGGUUGCCGUUCAAAGGAGGUUGUAAGAAAUUAAGACCCAGGAGGUUGGGUCCCUUUGAGGUCAUUCAACAGGUCAACCCAGUGGCUUUCAGGCUCCGGUUACCCAACCACAUGAAACUGCACCCAGUAUUUCACAGGUCGUUACUGUCACCGUACGAAGGGGGACGAGAAGGGCCGGCCACUCGGGGACCGGUCGUAGAAGAAAGAGAAUGCAGCAGCCAUGUGGCAGAAAUCCUCGACGCCAGGUGGAAGGGGGAUCAGGUGGAGUAUUUGGUAGCGUGGGAAGGAGAACCGGAGUCAGAAAACACUUGGGUAAUGGCUGAAGAUAUCAAUGACGAGGUAUUGAUAGAAACGUUCCAUCAAAGGUUCCCAAGGAAACCUCAGCCUGUGGAGAGGUUCCGGAGGGAAUACUUUGGGACCACUGAUGAAGGGGAGGAGUUGGAAGGAUUCCCGGACUCGGAAGGGGAAGGGGAGAUGGACUCUGAGGAGGAGGUGUACUUCGAGACCAGGAACCGCAACAGGUUGAGAGAAGUGUUCGAGACAUCGGAAGAUGAAGGAAGUUCAUUCCGAGGUUUUGCCUCCUCACCGCCCGUAGAGGAGGGGGCGAGAGGGGGUGAAGGGGGCCCUGGAGGGGAGGUGGAUGUCAGGGAACUGCCAUCGGACGGAAGGGAGGUGAAAGGGCUCACACAGGUUGGGAGAGACGCAGCAGCUGAAGAGGGAACCAACAGGGAGGUGAAAGGGCUCACACAGGUUGGGAGAGACGCAGCAGCUGAAGAGGGAACCAACAGGGAGGUGAAAGGGCUCACACAGGUUGGGAGAGACGCAGCAGCUGAAGAGGGAACCAGCAGGGGGAGAGGAGCUGAGCUGGAGGGAUGGCUCAGGGACACUUCCAGCGAAAACAGUGGGGAGGUUUCAGAACCUCCUGUAAGAACACCCACUCCUCGCCGGAAACUGUCACGCAGAGAUUCCAGAAGACGUGUUUCCGUUAAGGAGCUUUUAUGUUGGAAGCGAUUACGAAAGCAACCACUGUCGGAAUCUGCUAGUGACUAGAGUAGCCAUGUCUGAGGGGCUCCGUCACAGACAGAGGUUUGUGGACUUGAACAAACUCUGAGGGGAUACGAUUUUACGCACAAGCAGCUAAUCAUCCCAUCACAGCACCAAUACCUCAUUUUUAACAAUAUAUAUAUGUUUAGGUUUCUGAUUAAUUGACUUCAGAGCUUGUCACUUGGUUGCUCGGAGUAUGAGUGGAGAACCUUAGGUCUAUAAUUUUUCAUGUGAACAUAAAUAUGCAUGGGUGAUGGUAGAAUACAUUAUAAGAAAAAAAUACAGAUAAAUACAGUGUGUGAUAAUAUUUGUUAAGGUGGUUUAAACUGUGACAAAGAUCCUAACAUGAUGUGAUGUUUAUUUUUUGUAGAACUAAGUUCGGAAAACCUCAGAACCUGCUUUAAGAUCAUCAAUGGCUAUCUCUUUCUAUCUCCAUCUGAAUUUCUUCAGGUAUGUAUAAAGUCAGAUUCAUUGUUACAUAUUCUCUGAAACUCUCUAAGCACAGUUUUGCUUUAUUUAUGGUAGCUCACUGUGCCGGCCAACUUUGCUUUUAGGCAGAGUGAGCACCUCAAUACUGUCUAGGACUAUAUUCAGAAAUAACAUAAAAGUCAAACCAUAGUUUGGAAUUAUAUCUAAACCUAUACUGACUUACAAACCAUGGUUUGCAGGAAGCUUCCAAAGCAGGAUAUCAAAACAUGGUUUGAAGCUGGUGUGCUUUGUAUGGUUUGUUGUUUUUGAGUGAGUGAAUUUAUGAAGUGCUCAGCAGAUGGAAAAUCAUACAAGUAGCACUAAACCAUGGUUUGCCUGCUCUACACCUGGAAGAUCAGCAUCAGUUUUAAUACAUUGCCCACUGCAAUUGCUUUAUUUUUAGCUCUGUCAAAUUGUUUCCAGUGAAUUGGUGGUGAUCGGAGUCUGACCAAAAGAAAAAUAAUUUGGAAUAGUUGAAUUAAAUCACACCAGACAAAUGAUGAAAAUGUGUGGAUGUAGCAGUAACUGAAAUAUAAUAAUAAAAUUAACGUACAGAUGGAGCAUAGGUGAGUUAGUCAUGGAUAACUUAAGUCCAUAUACUCUGAGUAUGAUUUAGUAUUUUUAACUUUCUGCUGUUUCACAAAAUUUAUAUACUGCCAGAUUGUAACAAAACAUCUAAGAAAUAUUAAAAUUACCACUAAACCAGGUAAACAGUUAAAAAUAAUUAAAAUCAGCAGUAAGCUAAAAAGAUUAAAACACAUCAACAUUUAUGUGUCUCUAGAUAGACCUGCCUAAACAGAAAUGCUUUAAGCAGGCACUGAAAAGAAUACAGCUUAGUAGGAUACCCACCUGUAUGAUAAAAGCAUCUGUGUACUAUUUGCACAGCCAAUUAAGUAUUUUAUUAUUUUGUUGAUUAGAAUGGAUGAUUUGCUUGAAAACAGAAUCUUUGUUCCUGAGUGCCUUUGUUAAUUACUGCCGCUAAUAAUUCCUCAUAUUUAUAGUUAUGGCGCUAACUUUAUCAACAAUAGGCUGCCCCAUAAAGCUUUCGUUUUAAUUUGGGGGAAGCAUAUAAUGCCAUCUUUCCAAGUACCGUACUUUAUCAUAAUAUCAUCAGGAUUUCUGACUGCAGACUCCUCCAGUUUCAAAAUCCCACUGCACAUGGGAAACUUAGAGGUGGCAAUUGAAGCUUGGAGCUCAGCUUGCUAUGAGAAUGGGCUAAUGAUGAUCAUAGGUGCUAGUGUUUCUCAAAUGGUAAAGUAUUUUCAGAAGAUGAUGAUUUUCAGGUACUUCCUGCCAGCCCUGCCCCCCACAAAAAAUAUCUUCCUGGCUGAAUUAGGAUACUGGAGACGCACAAAUUUCCCAGGCAGGUACUGGGCUUCCUUCUGUAGCCCCUUCUCCCAUUGCUCCCUCUGGAGCAGUGUGCAAUGCAAUAUGAAGGAAUGACCAAUAUAACUUGUGUGUUCAUCAUGGAAGAGUAUUCUCUGUUUAGGUAUCGGUCUCUUUGAGUCGGAGCUGUAGUAAGUCAAAGCUCUUAGUUCUUGAACAAUUUCUAAGCCUGAGAUUAUAUUCAAAUCAAAUGGAGAAGGAACACCUACAGUUGGUAACAGGUAGUUAUUAUGAUUAUCUUUUCUCCAACGAGUUCAAGAUGGCAUACAUGGUUCUCCUCCUCAUUUUCUUCCUCACAACAACUCUGUGAGGUCAGUUAGGCUGAGAGAUAACAACAGCCCCAAGGUCAUUUGUUCAUGUGAAUGUCAGUCUUUUUGAAGUAUAAGACUGAUUACAGGAUUGUGCAUGGUGUGUGUAUUGAUUUGUGCUAUUUGCACUUUAGGUCUAUGCAGUGGAACUUUGCAAAUCGUUUUGUGAGGUCUUAAAAGAUAUCAACAUGGAUGGUCAAGUUCAAGUUCUGAAGGUAAAGGGUUAAUUUUCCAGUUUAUUCUUAAAAUAUGUUUAUGUUCAAGAACAGCCAAAAUUACGGUGUGCGCACAUUUGUUUUCUCCUAUUUUCAUGUCUGAUUUUGUAGAAUUUUUAAAUAGUACAAGAAUGAAUUGCUUAUAGUGCAGUAAUUAUACUACACAAUUGAAUCUGCUUAUGAGUUUAAAUUUUGCUGCUGUUGGGAUGUAACAAAGUUUUAAAACAUUAAAUUUUCCUCUAGUAACUUCAUUGAAUAUUAAUGAACAACCUUGGUGAAGACUUUACUCUUUACUUGGUGAAGUUUAUUGUUUUAGGGGAGGGGUGGGAAACGUUUGACCCUCCAAAUGUUCUGCUCUGCAACUCCCAUCAGCCUGAGCAAGCAAGGCCAGUGGCCAGGAAUGAUGGGAGUUGUGGUUCAGCGGCAGCUGGAAUGCCAGAAGUCCCUCACAUCUGUUCCUAGGCAUAGGUAGGCGCUUACAGUUACAGUCAUAUACUAUGUGUACUCAUAUUUCCAAAUCAUAGAAGGCAUCUAUUUGGGGAAGGGAGUAUUCAAAGAAUUUAGUUCCAAAGGCAAGAGCAAGGGAGGAAAAAACCCUCUUCCUUCUAAAAUUAUUUACAAUAAUUUAUAAGCUGCUGAAUCAAAGACUCCCUAAGUGGAGUAUUUAGAAUAGGUACACACCAUAUGAUUAUGUGUCCAGAUAGGCUUGCCAAAACAAAUAUGUUUUCCCCCCACAAGGAUUCCUGUGUAAAGUUAACUACAGUGGUGCCCCGCAAGACGAAUGCCUCGCAAGACGGAAAAACCGCUAGACGAAAGGGUUUUCCGUUUUGAAGUUGCUUCGCAGGACGAAUUCCCCUAUGGGCUUGCUUCGCAAGACGAAAAUACCUUACGAGUCUUGAGGGUUUUUUUUCGCUUUCCCCCCCCUUUAUCUAAUCUGCUAAACCUUUAAUAGCCUUUAAUAGCCUUUUAGCAGCUAAUCCCCUAAGCCUUUAAGCCUUUAAUAGCCGCUAAACCGCUAAUAGCGCUAAUAGCGCUAAUCCGUCAAUGGGCUUGCUUCGCAAGACGAAAAAACCGCUAGACGAAGACUCUCGCGGAACGGAUUAAUUUCGUCUUGCGAGGCACCACUGUAUAAUAUUAAGAAUAAUAUUAAAAAUUCUCUUUUUAUGAAACCUGUAAAUAUUUUAAUGGCAACUUUUAAUGGAAACAAUUCAAGCUUCAAGCUGUUGAGGAUACAGCAGCUACUGCUAAAAGCUUUUGUUGUUAUUAUUGGAUGUAAAUGGUAAUACGUUGAGCAUGUGUGUAUUUUCUAGGAAACCAGAGGGAGACAAUUGGAGGAUGUUAAUUAAGAUGUUGGAAUAGUGCUAUUAUAGCUUUGCAAAUUAGAUACUUUUCUUAGGAUAUCUUACUGCAAUACUUAUUCAAUCUUUGUUGUGACUACUAAUAAUGGAAUUUACAUAAUCACUCCUGUAAAAGUCGGCAAGCAAUUAAUUUUUCACAAAGCAGUGACAGCAGUCAUGAUCUUUGUGAAAUGUAUUGUCUGUGAAAACAAAAGUUUUUGAAUCAUUUCACAUGAAACUUGAAUAAAGGCAUAAAAUUAUCACCCCUAUUAUACUCUAUUUUUGUAUUUUUUGCUGGUUUUAGUGCUUUAUAUUAAUGGUUUUGUUGUAAAGUUUUGUAACAUUUAUGUUGCUACAAUAUAUAUGAAUACAGCACUUACUGUAUUUUUCGCCCUAAAGGACGCACCGGCCCAUAGGACGCACCUAGAUUUGGGGGGGGGGGGAAAUAAAGGGGAAAAAAAUUAUUCCCCCCCCCCCCAGGCCCGGGGCUGGGGCGGAGGAAGCCCAAGCUUCCCCCGACCCCAGCCCCCAGAAUGGGUCCCAGAGCGAUGCCGAAGCUGCGCGUAGCUUCGGCAUCGCUCUGGGAGCUUGCCGGGCUGGGGGGAUAGCUUCCUGAAGCCUGCAUUCGCCCCAUAGGACGCACACACAUUUCCCCUUCAUUUUUGGAGGGGGAAAAGUGCGUCCUAUAGGGCGAAAAAUACGGUAGGUUUUUUUAAAAAAAUAUUAUGAGGUAUAGAAAUGAUAUGUGUUUUGUGUGUGUAUGUGUAAAUAUAUAGUCACACAUAUAUUACUAAAUAAAAAUAUGUGGCUGCUAUAGAUGGUGGUCUGCUAUCUUUCACACCACUCUGAUAACAUCCGUUUUCUCACAUUCUCAUUUCAGGGUAAAGACCAUUUCUGUUGCUUAAACCGAAACAGCUCAUUCUGAGUAGUAUGCAAGUUUUAAAAUAGCCUAAUCAUCUUUGAUCACUAAGUGUAAACCACGGCCACUUAGAGCAAUGGCUCUUGGGCAUUGUGAAUGUGCUUGUGUAUGUGUAUGUGUGUGUUCUCUCCUCGCACUCAACUUAAUUCAAUAUUUCCUGUUUUAAUCAAACUAGACCUUUCUGCUAGUAACAUAGCAGCAAGCUUUGGUUUCAUUAAAAUCAAAAGUAAUUAAUUCAACCGUGCAUGUGAGAGGAGGAGGAGGAGGAGGAAGAAGGAGAGAGCACAAAUCCCCUUGUCAACACAGACACAGAGAAAUGUGGGUACGGAUAAGAAAAUACAUCUUAUUAGUCAUUCCACCUUUUCUUCCUGUUGACUGAACCAGGAAUUAUAUAUGAUCAUUUACUUGAACUGCUUUAUAACCAAAAUCUGCGUCAUGUCUUUCAGGUGGUAGAAAAUGUCCUCAAAGUCAAUCCACUGUUAGGCCCUGAAAUGUUUCAACCUCUUUUGCCAUCUGUGUUUCAGGGAAUUAUAAAUGGGGAGGUAAGAAUUUCUUAUUCGUGGCAAAUGUAUCUAUCUAUCUUUUUUGAAAGUGACAUAUAUCUAUAAUGGCUUUAAGAAAGAAACAUGUAUAUGUGUAAUCGUAAGUGGAAUGUUUCUUUGAAACAUCCACCAACAAAUUGCCAAAGAACAACAGGGGCUGAGGUGAUCCUCUUUUUACCCUAUGUUCAAGUUUGAAGGUGCCUGGCGCAAAAUGCCCCACACUUAUCUUUCUGAAAUUCAGCAAAAUUCAUAAAGGGGCUACCAUUCUUGCUAAUUUCAUCCAAUUAGGCCAAGGGCCAGCAAACUUUUUCAGAAGGGCUGGUCCACUGUCCCUCAGACCUUGUGGGGGGCCGGACUAUAUUUUGAAGGGGGGGAAAUGAAUGAAUUCCUAUGCCCUACAAAUAACCCAGAGAUGCAUUUUAAAUAAAAGCACACAUUCUACUCAUGUAAAAACACGCUGAUUCCCGGACUGUCCAUGGGCCGCAUUUAGAAGACGAUUGGGACAGAUCCGGCCCCCGGGCCUUAGUUUGCCUACCCAUGAAUUAGGCCAGUGCUUCAGAUUUUUCAAAACUCCAAAACAGGAUCCAAUCUGAAUAUUUUCUUUUGUGCACACUCCUGCUGAAAAGUUCACCAUGCUGCUGUUAGCCCUCUCUUAGCCCUUUAAGGCCAAGGAAAACUGCCACAGUAGCAAUCUUGCUACCCCUCCUGGUAGUGUUGUUUAUUUCUGGCAGUAUGUGGCUUCCAGAGCUCAGCAGAAAACAGCAAUGCAACGAUACUCUGACUGUUGCCAAAUUGCAUCUGAAGAUAUGGCUACUGCUUUAAACCCAAAAUAAUAUUAGCAGGUAGUAUCAUAGAAGGGACCGCGAGGGUCAUCUAGUCCAACCCUCUGCAAUGCAGGAAUCCUGCUCACAGCCACUCCUGGGUCAGCUUGAACCACCAACCUUCUGGUUAACAGCCAGAUGCACUGACCCGUUGUGGUACUAUUAUUAUAUAUAUAUAAAAUGCUUCUUGCAAUCCUAACAUUUUUCUGGACAUAUGUUCCCUUGAAUUGGUCCCAAGUAGGCAUGGAUAGGAUUGCACUGCUACUGUGGAUUAUUUCCUAUACUAAUUAUCGUUUUAUUUUUAAUAUAAUUUUUACAGAAACCCUACUUAACAUUCACUGGCAUAAUAAGAGAAAUUACAAUUUACAGUAUAUUGUGUGUUAAAAUGUAGCUCCAGAUAAAGUGUUGAAGAGAUAAUUUUUUGUCUGCAUUUGAGUUCUUCAUGAAAGAGGGUGGGUUUUUUUUUAAACCCAUGAAAGAGGGUGGUUUUUUAAAAAAUAUAUAUAUAUAUAUGCAUGCUAUACUAAAAAUUAUACUUUCUCAUGCUGUUUGGAAGGUAUUCCUGCUUCUCCAGGAAGCGCAUACCCUGGUGUUGCCUUGGACUUAGCAAAGCAUUUGGUUUUUCCUAAAAUUCUAUAAUGAAAUACUUCCUGAAGGGUAGACAUUAUCCUUUCCUGUGAUUAAAAACAGGAAAUUGCAGCAAUUCCUAUUGUUUUAAAGAAAAAGAAAUUGAGCCAAAAGGGUGCCUUCACACAAGAUUAUUUUGAUUUCUUAUUUGAAAUUUCACAUCCCAUAAUUGAAACCAUAUACUUGUAAUUUUGGUUCAUUUUUUGGUUGGGAUUAGUUUUUAAAAUGCAGCAGAACUACUCUUUCUUGUUUAAAGGGUUUUCAAUCACUUCUCUGCUAAGCUGUUUCAUAGCCCAUUUUUCACACUCCAAAUGCAACGUCCUCAAAUAGCCCGUAGUUGAUAAUAGGACGUGUUAAAAUAACAUAAUUUAACACAUCUAGUGAUUGUUUUUUCAGCCAUUUGUGUCACUUCACUACACUGUUCCAUACAAUCUUGGCAAUGAGAAGUGUUACCACUGAGAAUAGCAACAAUGAGCUACUUGUUGGAUUAAUAGCACUUUUUUAAAGUAGAGGGGGGAAGCCCUGGUUUAUUAGAUGGUGAAAACCUAACUGUUAUCCAUCUUCUUCAUCUCCAAAAUGGAGAAGGAGGCAGAAUAAUAUACAUUCCAGCUAUAAUGUACACUCACCAGUGAUGAAAAAUUUCGAUUAUGCAAAAACGGUCUAAGUUUCUUUUGCUUAUAAUUCUAUCUUCCUCCAGCUAGGGGUGCUGUUGUAUAAAUCUCAUACUCACUGAUGAAAUUCAGUACUUCUAUCUCAUAUCUGAAGUUUUGGAACAAACUUUUCCUAAUGAUGUGUACAAUGUCAGAAGCAAACUUUGUAACUAUUCUGCUUGGCCUUUAAAUGCAAUAACAUUUCCUUGGAAGUUUAUACAGUGGUGCCUCGCAAGACGAAAUUAAUUCGUUCCGCAAGUCUCUUCGUCUUGCGAGUUUUUCGUCUUGCGAUGCACGGUUUCCCAUAGGAAUGCAUUGAAAAUCAAUUAAUGCGUUCCAGGGAAACCGCCUUCAGACCAGGUCCGGGGACAGUCUGUCCCCGGACCUCUUCUGAAGGCUGGGGGGGGGGGCAAGGGCUUUUCUUCCCACCCCCAGCAUUUUAAAAAACCCCGGGACAGCGGAGGACUUCUCCGCUGUCCGGGCGAUCUUAAAAUGCUGGCGGGCGGCAUUUAAAAUCACCCCGGGACAGCGGAGGACUUCUCCGCUGUCCGGGGCAAUUUAAAGCCCCUGGGAAGGCAGGCAGGGGGACAAAGACUUUGCCCCCGCCAGCCUUCAGAAGAGGUCCUGGACCUCUUCUGAAGGCGGGCGGGGGCGAAAGUCUUGCUCCCCCGCCUUCAAAAGCCCUCCGGGACAGGCAGGCAGGGGGAGCAAAGACUUCGCCCCCGCCCGCCUUCAGAAGGUCUUCCCUCCCCCCGCCCGGCUCGGAGCACCGUUCCGAGCCGGGCGGCGGCGGAGGUCUUCCCUCCCCCGCCCGGCUCGGAGCACCGUUCCGAGCCGGGCGGCGGCGGAGGUGUUCCCUCCCCCGCCCGGCCCGGAGCACCGUUCCGGGCCGGGCGGCGGGGAGGUCUUCCCUCCCCCCGCCCGGCUCGGAGCACCGUUCCGAGCCGGGCGGCGGCGGCAGGUGUUCCCUCCCCCGCCCGGCUCGGAGGAGCCUUCCGAGCCCGGCGGCGGCGGGAGGAUGUGUCCCCGCCCCGCCGCCGGGCUUCGGAGGAGGUCCGAGGACAGUGGGGAAGACGCGCUGCGCUUCCCCGCUGUCCCUGAGAUUUCCCUAUGGGCUGUCGUCUUGCGAAGCAAGCCCAUAGGGAAAUUCGUUUAUGAAGCGCCUCCAAAACGGAAAACCCUUUCGUCUAGCGGGUUUUCCGUCUUGCGAGGCGUUCGUCUUGCGGGGUACCACUGUAUGUAACCUAUACUUUCAGUUAUCGUUGCUGUCAAGUAGUAUAUUGCAAUCCAGAGUGUGCACAGUGCCAUUAGCAAUAGUGUUAUGGGAAGAGAAUAAUACUUAUUAUCAUUUAUUAAAUUUGUAUACUGCCCUUAAUCCAAAGACGACAGGGCGGUUCACAACAUAAAAAUACAAAAUGAAAACACAGAAUAUCUAAUGUGAACAAAACCAAAACCAAACCCAUAACCUUCUCUCCCACAAACACAUUUAAAAAGCCAUAGAAGGUUAAUCAUCCAGAGGCCUGGUUAAAGAGAAGCAUUUUUGCCUGGCGCCUGAAUAUAUGUAAUGAAGUCUCCCUGGGGAGAGCAUUCCACAAAUGGGGAGCAACCACAGAAAAGGCCUGUUCUCAUGUUGCCACCCUCCGGACCUCUCACAGACACGCACAAAGAAGGGCCUCAGAGGAUGACUAGAAAAGAGAUACAGAAAUCUGUAGUAACCAGUGAAUUUCUGUGAUGGACUAAAGCUAGCAGGACUAGGAAGGCAGUCUCCUGUGCUUAGAUAUGAUGGGAGGAGGAGAAGGACCCUCUUCCCAUGAGCCCUAGGCACUGCAAUCCAAAGUAGCAUGGCAAAGGGCAAACUGGAUGGAAUGCCAUACAAAGAUAGUUCAGUGCUUUGGUUGUGCUAUAGUAUUUUUCAUCUCCAAUUUCCAGCAUUGUAUGUGCCUUUCAUAUCCAAUAGUUGGGAUUGUCUGCCAAAUAGGGAGGAUGUGGCUGCCUACUUUAUCUCACAGGGUAUUGUUUGAACAUCAGUGACAGUAUUUCAAGUUAGUGUUUACACAGCUAAACUGUGCUAUUUGCUUAAAAUAGGAAGUGAUUUGAUUAUAAUAGAUGCCCAUGCAUGUUUAUUGGUGGUGUGCUGUUAGAUUUCUAACUUGUUUGAUUUCUGCAGUACACUUUUAUCAUGUUUAUAUUUUUCUGCCUGAUAGGAAAGCUAAGAUUAACUGUUUUCAUUUCAGAGGUACCCAGUUGUAAUGUCUACUUACUUGGGAGUCAUUGGUAGAGUCUUGUUGCAAAAUAAAAGUUUUUUCUCAUUGCUUCUGAACCAGAUGGCAUGUGAGUCUGGCCAGGAGGUAAGCCCUUACAUUUUACAAUGUUGAAUUAGUUUUAUAUGCAGGACAUAAGUUGGUUGUACAAAUCAUAUUUCCUUCCACCACAUAACCUCUCUGGAUCCUUCUAUUUUGCACUGCAUUUGUUCAUAGCUAUGAACCAUAGCUUUCUGAGUCUUCUGGUUUGAGGAGGAUGGAGAAUUAUCCUGAGUGCAUGCCAUGGGCUUUUUAAGACUUUGAAGCUAAAAGCAGAACAUCACAUUGCUUCAAGACACCCAAGUCUACAGUUUUAGUGCUUAAGGAGCAAAUAAUCAGACCACUUCUGAUUACUCAUCCUUGUCUUGGAUGUGAGAUCCUGGUCCAUUUAUAAUAGCAAAGCUCUUUCCUUCUGAUGGUAGACCCUCGUGCCUCAUUGGAGGCUGUUCCAGAGGGUUUUCAGUGUUCAAAGGGAGGGGGUUUCAGAGAUGUGGGGAGCUGCCACUGAAAGAGAGAAGUUGCAGAAAGGCCACAUUUAUGCAGAAUACCACCCACAAUUAUUUUGAUUCCAGCUAUAGCUCAAUAUAGGUAGCUAUUUAUUCAACAAAAAUGUCAGUAAUAGCACCUGGAGUCUUUAAUAAGGUAAUUGGAAGUAUCAUUCAGCUGCAGAUAAGGAGACAUCUGUGUUCACUUUCCCAGUGGCGUAGCGUGGGGGUGCAGGGGGGGCCGGCCACACCGGGCGCAACAUCUGGGGGGGCGCACUCGCACUCGCAGCUCUCUGCCCCCUGCUAAAAUCCACGGGUUAGGGGGCGCAAAUUACUUGCCUUGCUCCGGGUGCUGACAACCCACGCUACGCCCCUGCACUUUCCCUUUUUAAAAGAUCACCAUGACUUUUUUAAAAAAAAUAAAAAAAUCAUAUGGUUCCCAGCUAAGUUAAAUUAAUUUUAAUAGCAAACAAUAUUCUGUUAAAGCAAGUGUUUUCUGUGUGAUGCUGACAAAUACCUGGCUUGUUAAUUUUCUACUAUUUCUAUCCAAGGAAAUCAAGUUUCAUGCAGCAAGGGAUACCCUUAAAGAUAAAUGUUUUGCGCUGCUUAGCAAUCCCAUUAUAGUCAAAUAAAUGACAAAUUUGAAUUGGUUUUUUAAAUUGAUUUCAUAAUGGAUAAAUAUACAAUCAUGAAGCUACCGAAAAUAAAGGAUUUUACAAAGUCUGUGUUGGCAUCCCCUUUUGCUAUAGAGCUGAUUCAAUGGAGUUUUGUUUGAAUUUAUCCUUGUGAAAUGGAACACUAAUAUUUAACACUGUUGUGUGUGUGUGUGUGUGUGUGUGUGUGUGUGUAUACAUGCACACACAAACACCAGUUAUCAUUAUAUAUUUAUAUACAUGUGUCUAUAUGAUCAUCCCAGUUAUAGAGUUAGAAUGUUAUGCAAAAAGCUUUAGAUCCAAGUUAAUCAUAGUAACAAGAACUUCUGUAUAAGAAAUCAUACUUUUUCAUUUCUACCUACCAGUUGUAAAAUAGCUAAGUAGUUUGAUUACCAUAUUGCUUAUAAAUAAGAUUUUCAGCAAUCUAUUGUUUUUUCCUAGCCUCACCAGCUCCUUGGUCACAUGAUUGAAAUGUGGGUUGACCGCAUGGACAAUAUAACUCAGCCAGAGAGGAGAAAACUUUCAGCUUUGGCAUUACUUUCCCUUCUGCCAUCGGAUAAUAGGUAAGCAAAAUUUUAUAUUUCCUGGAGUUCCAAACAGCAACGCUCCGUGUCGUAUCGUAUACUACUUUUGGAAUCAGGUUCAAAUGCGUAGGAAGUUACUGUACCAGAAAUACAUAAAAGGCCUCUUGGUGUGGAAUCAUAGAAUUGUAGAGUUGGAAGGGACCACGAGGGUCAUCUAUUCCAACCCCCUGCAAUGCAGGAAUCUUUUUGCCCAAUGUGGGACUCGAAUCCAUGACCCUAAAAUUAAGAGUCUCAUUCUCUACCAACUUAACUGUCCUACCAGCUAGUUGUAUUGUGCUUAGCAUCUUGGCUUCUUAUUUAUCUAAGUGGGCCUAUAUGAAUGUCUUCUCUUUCUUUAAACCUUUGACACAGGCCGUCCUUUAAUUGCUCAAAGAAAUAAAAGGUUCUGUCAGUGCAAUAAAAUAGGAAAGAAUACAGGCUGCAUUACAAAUUCUGCUGAAAUCAGUUUAGAUUUAAGUAGCUAUGCAAGCUCUUUUGAGAUAGAAAGAUGAAAUCAUGCCUGUUUUCCUCUGGAUUAUACCAGUAAUAAAGAAUGUAUAUGGUUGAUUGGUUAUUUGAUAAAAAACAAUUGAAAAUAGAAUGUUAUAAAGUGUUCUUACCUAUUACUCACUUACACAAGUUGAGUUAUAUCUAUCUAAACUCCCUAUUGCACAUUACCAUUGGUCAUUGUUCUUAUCAGAGACAUUUGUGUUACAUGGUUGCACCUACCAUGUGGUUUUCUGUGCAGUGAAGCCAAGAAAUAAAUUUAAAGUAUGUUUCACUGUACUGUGUAAAAUGUCAUUCAUUCAUUCAUUACAUUCAUAUACCACCUUUAUCUUCCAAGGAGCUCAAGGUAGAUCAGGCUAAGAGGUGGUGAAUGGCCCAAGAUCACUCAGUGAGCUUCAUGGCUGAGUGGGGAUUUGAAUCCUGCUCUCCCAAGGCCUAGUCCAGCGCUCUAGCCAUGAUAGGUCAUAACAAGUAUGUUUCCAAAUGAAACUAUGAGAUGCAUAUCGUUUGUCUUAGCCUUACUGAGUAAUAUCUGUUAGGAGAACAGGAAGCUGCCUUGCACUGAGCCAGACCAUUGUUGUCAGCAGUGACUGACAGCGGUUCGUCAGAGUUUCAGGCAGCAGUCUUUGCCAGCCCUCCUUCGAGACACUAAGGACUGAACCUGGGUCCAGCACUGAGGGCCUUCUGGCAGCUCCCUCACUGCGAGAAGCCAAGUUACAGGGAACCAGGCAGAGGGCCUUCUCGGUAGUGGCACCUGUCCUGUGGAACGCCCUCCCAUCAGAUGUCAAAGAGAACAACAACUACCAGACUUUUAGAAGACAUCUGAAGGCAGCCCUGUUUAGGGAAGCUUUUAAUGUUUGAUGUAUUACAGUAUUUUAAUAUUUUUUUGGAAGCCGCCCAGAGUGGCUGGGGAAGCCCAGCCAGAUGGGCGGGGUAUAAAUAAUAAAUUAUGAUGAUGAUGAUGAUGAUGCAUGCAAAGCAAAGGCUGUAAAGUUCAGCCAUGGCCCUUCCAUGGCUCAGGUGAUGCUCAGGUUCAGGUUCUAGGCUUUGCCUUGGUUCAGUCAUCAAUCCCGGGUAUGAGUGGGCAUUGCAAGGCUGCCUCCUCACCAUGCAGCCAGUCUCUGGGGUGAGUGCUGCAUUAACGUCUGACUGUGCAGCAAGCUUGCUCACAUACUUCGUGAAACAUUUGUGCAGCAUACCCCCAGAAGCAGGGGUCAGCAUACUUUUUCAGCAGGGGGCCGGUCCUUGUCCUCAGACCUUGUGGGGGGCCGGACUAUAUUUUGAAAAAAAAUGAUGAUGCAAGAGCACCACGAGCCCCGGUGGCUGCUUACCUGUGUCGUGUGAGCAGCAGGGGCCAGUGGUGGCGGGACGAUGAGCGGCGCGCGAAAGGGCUCCAGAGAGGGGCUGCUUAAAAUGGCAGCCACUCGAGCGCUGCUGGUGCUGGCACCAACAAAGCCCAGGCCCCUUCCUCCUCUAGGAAGGGUGGGAAGAAACCAGGACCAGGGAGAGGGAGAGAGAGGGAAAGAACGUGCGCAUUGGCAAUCCAUGCAGUGAUUCCCGGACUGUCUGCGGGCCGGAUCCAGAAGGCAAUUGGGUCUGAUCAGGCCUGUGGGCCUUAGUUUGCCAACCCAUGCCCUGAAGUCUAUUUGUCUGCUUCUUCAUCAUACUGCUUGCAGUGCUUCUCUCAGCUAAAUAUAUUAACUGGAGUGAUGUUACAACUUUAUUAUAACCCCACCUUCCUAUGUGCCUACAGAUUUAGGAUACCGGUGGCGAUUUGUUUUGUUUUGAAGUCAUUUCAUCUUAUAAAACCUACAGAUACUGCAUUAGAUCUUCUGCUGAUUUGCCAGGUUCUUUUCUAAGCCCUAAUUCCUAUUGGAAAGAGGGAUUCACACAUAUCUAUUUGCUAUUAUAGCUCAAAAGCCUCUGCUCACUCCCCAAGGACCUCUUACAGUAAAUUUUAUGUAAUAGCACCGAGAGCUUAUGGUACAUUUUAGCUAGUAGCACUUUGAUAUCUUACCUUUUCUAUAAAUUAGAAAUUGUUUCUUUUACAACAGUUUGCCCCAUAAGGCAAUUUAUUAAGUCUCUUCUGCUGCACAUUUCCGCAUUGGUCACCUGAGGCUAUUCCCUGUGUCAAAAAUGUUUGUGCUCCAAUAAAAUACAGAUGAAAAAAUGUUUUACUCAGUAUAAAACAAGUACUGUUUGAACUACAGUAUUUGAUUUGGUGGAAUAAUACUUCAUAAGUGCUGGAGACAACUUAAGAGCAUUGUCUUUUUCCUUCCUGUGAACAGUUGCUUUUACUGGUUAUAAACUAGUUAUAAACACAUCACACAUUACAUUGUUUUUAUACUUAAAUUAGCUUAAGCACAUGCAGUCUUUAUUAUACACAGUCAUAUAAAGCAAAUACGGACUAUUAUCAGCACCGUGGGAAGACAGAUAAAUAAAUCCAACUGAUUUUUAGAGGAAUGAAUUGCAGCGAUUUCCCCCCCCCCUCCCCAACAGUCCUUCAGAACUGCAGAUAAAAUAACUUCCUGUCUCUCAGUUUCCUGUAUCCAUGGUAACUUUAUUUUAACCAGUCAUUGUGGAGGAGCCAGUGGGGAAGAGUAGAUGUUUCCUGUAGGAACAGUUGCAGAACCUGCAACAAAACGUAAGAAACUAGCCCGUUGUCUAGAAAGUUCUUAAACUCCAGCAUAUACACGUACUAAUAAUUUUACUGUGGUACAGAAGAAGAAAUUUUAGCUGAUAAAAUGAGCAUCACAUUCUAGGUGAGAACCAUUUUAAUAUACUUUAAACUUGGAACAGUAAAAGUGACAUUAAAAGUUUAAGAAGUUACCAGUGGGAUGAAUUUAAGUGGGAUGGCUCAUUAAAAAGUCGUUAAGGAGCUUCUAUCUCUGAAAGCUGUUAUUUUUACAUUACUUUUAAAUUUUAACUGGUGAGAUUGUUAAACCAUCUUGUUUAUAACCAUCUUAUAAACUAAUAAAUUGUAGACAUAGUUACAAGCCAGAGAACAAUAGUAUAAGAGACAACAUUCACAAAAUAGUAGAAAUAACAUUAUAAUAUUGCAUGCUUUUAUCAUAAUGAAAUCGGAGAGUUCUGAAUAAGCAUUUUAAAACUUUUCUCCCUCCUGAUAGCACAAUCAAAGAUGACGGGAAAACUCAAAAUCUGGGAUAUGUGUCAACUUCACCCCUUUGAGUUGUUUUGGAAUUCUCUUCCUUGUUUAUUUCUGUUGCUGAUCCAGGAUAUACUUUGCUGUCCAUCUGUUUGCCAGCAGUGUAGAGGCAGACAAGCUGACUGCCGUGAUUCAGGUCUUUCCAUUGUUCCAAAGAAUUUCCCACAACAUACUGUCUUUGUAUAUUUAAGUGGGAACAACAUAUCACACCUAAAUCCAAAUGAACUGAAAGGCCUCCGGCAACUCGCUGUGCUACACCUGGAUAAUGCUAGCAUUUUAUAUGUGUCCCCAAAGGCAUUUUCUGAACUUAAGAAAUUGUGGUACCUACGUCUGAAUAAUAAUCAAAUAAAACACUUGGAUCCUGGAACAUUUGAAGGACUUUCAAAGCUUCGCUCUUUAUACCUGCAGAAUAAUGAAAUAGCUUUUGUUCGCAAGGGAUUAUUUAGUGAUCUUGCUUCAGUUCAAUAUCUGAUGCUGCAAAGUAAUCGUCUCAGGAUUGUUGGCAGUGGCAUUUUUGUCGGCAUGAUUAGUCUUCGGAUUCUUAACCUAGCGAACAAUAAGAUUUCGUGGAUAUCACACUCGGCAUUUUGUCACCUUGACAACCUUACAUGUUUGUACCUUGACGGUAACAAUUUAACACGUGUGCCGUCAAAUGCAUUUGCUGCAUUGAGCAAUCUUGAAAGACUUUCAUUGUCACAUAACCCGAUUGGAUCAAUACCUCCCUUUGCAUUCAGAGGACUUGACAAGCUUCAAUAUCUAUCUCUAAAAAGUGCCAGAAUAAAAGCUAUCCAUGUGAAUGGCUUUACAGGUCUAAGUAAUCUUAAAAAGCUACUUUUGAGCAAUAAUGAUUUGCAAAACAUCAAUUCCAGUACCUUUGCACUGUUGGAGGAGUUAGUGUUUCUGCAACUUGAUAGAAACAAAAUAAUCAAUAUUGCAGAUAAUACAUUUGAAAAAAUGGGAUCCUCUUUGAAGAUACUGAAUCUAGCAUUUAAUAAUCUUACAGACUUGCAUUCUAAAGUGCUUAAGCCUUUGGUCUCUUUAACUCACUUACAGGCAAAUCACAACCCUUGGAAUUGUGGCUGCAGAUUACUUGGGCUAAUUAACUGGCUAACAUCUUCUUCCAUCUCUAUUAAAAUUCAUUGCCAAAAUCCUUCCUAUUUGCAUGGAAGGCACUUGAAUUAUGCCAACUGGGGUUUGGUUGCAAACUGUUUCAACACUACCACAAGACCUGGAAUAUUCAGGAACGUAAAGCCAGCAGGUAUCCAUCAAAGUACCACUACUUUAUUGAUGAGAUCGGAUAACCCCCCCUCAAGCAAUGCAGUUUAUGAACAUUCAAAGGAUGUGGAAGCAAAUACAGUUACAUUAUGGGCAGAAGUGCCGACCUCAUCAGCUGCUCAAAAUCUGGAUGGAACCUAUUCCAGUAGGAAGCUGAGACAGGCAGCUAUAGUGUUCUCAGUGCUAACGGUGCAAAUACCAGCGCAGAAUAUACCUGUUAAUUUGACCAUGGAAAAAAGCAGAGCAUCUCCACCAGAAUCUACUUCUGUCUCCUUGAAAACAUCUCUAAUCUGCACACAGCAGGUCGAGAAACUACAUCAGGCAUUUGACAUUUUAUUAACCUUUUUUAUUUUGGCCUGUGCUGUGAUCUUCUUUUUGCUCUACAAAAUCAUUCAGUUCAGGCAGAAGCUCAAAGAGCAAAAUGACACUGACAAUGGAAUAGAAUACUAUGGCUUUUAUCAAGCUGGAAGCUACAGCAUAGCGGAUCCAACUCAGCCUGUACCUCAGCACUCACUGGGAAGUUCAGAACUGGACCACGGUCAGCCUCCUAAACCAGCAGCACUUCAAAGCGAAGCGCAGGUCAUCUUAUUUGAACAUUCUGCAUUGUAAUAUACUCGGCAGGGAUUUUUGUGGCUGCAUGUAUGAAGUCUAUAAACAGCAGCAGCGUGAGAUAUUUUGUAGAUGAAAGUUCAACAACUGAUACGCCAGGGGAGGGGGAAAUAUGGUCUGUUUUUUUCAAAUAUUGCCAUAUUUGCUGUCAUAGUUUUUUUUGUAUGAAACUUAAGUUUUUGUGUAUUUGUGUGUGUACACAUACAGACAUGAGGGCCACUGCUUUCAUCACCAACCCUGCUCCCCACCCCUUGUCAAACCCACCCACCCUCUAGACUUCACCAGCACUUCUUCACUCAGUACUAACCCAUUAGACCAAGGCUCCAGCAGCAUGGGCCACCUUUAACAGGCAGUCAGGGCAAGUCAUCUGUCAAUCGCAUAGCACAGGCAUAGGCAAAAUCUGCCUUCCAGAUGUUUUGGGACUACAAUUCCCGUCAUCCCUGGCCACUGGUCCAGUUUGCUAGGGAUGAUGGGAGUUGUAGUCCCAAACAUCUGGAGGGCCGAGUUUGCCUAUGCCUGACAUAGCAUACUUGGUGCAUGAUGGACAAGCGGGUUGCCCCACUUAACCUGUCCAAAUCCUGACACCAGUGGUUGAAAGCCUGACUCAUGCUGAUCCUUCCAAGCUUUUGUGAUCCUCUCCAGCUUUUCUUUUUGCCCCCCCCCCCCGCAAUGUUGGAGGUGCAAAGGAGUGUCAGCCCCACCUACUGCCCUUGCGAAUCCUCCCAUGUGAGACUUCACCAAGCCUUCCUUGCCCCUCUCCCCAGUUAGAUCUUUUUCCAUGAGGAGGAGGGGACAGUGGCAAGUGACCCAAGCGAGUUAUAGAGGAAUAGUUAUGACAGGCUGGGGCAACUCCAUCCUGCUUUCCUGCUGCCCAUUGAAACAGCUCCCAUGAGGUGGGCAACAGUGGUGGCUGCCCUAGCCUGUAAUGACUGUAACCUCUACUGCAUGCCUGGGCUGGUCACUGCUACUGUGAAGGCCUGGCAGCUCUCAGAAGGCUGUUGUCACACUGUAGCUUCCAGCGCCAUCUGUCUGCCACCAAGCUAACUGCUGCAUGACAACAGCCUUAGGCAAAAAUAUCAUGGGAGAUAUAGAUUUCCAUUUUGUUCUGUCUGCCUGUGGAAAAUCAUUCCUCAAGAACUAACUUUGCACCCCUAUGUGUUCAGCCACCUAUAUCAGAUGUUAAGUCCUUAUCUAUCAGGAUCUUAAGAGUUUUCAAAUAUUUAUUUGUAUUAAAUGAUUCAUAGGAGCACUAUAAGGCUACUUACAAAUGAGUAAGUAAAACUGAACUGUAGCUAGCAGCACCAUGAAACUCAGUUACUUUUAGAACUAAAUAGCUUUUAUCGGGGAGAGACUGUGAGAUAACAGCAACAUUGUAAUGCACCAUGCUACUCAACAGAGCGCAGCAGUCUAACAGGAUAGGUAUGUUUGUUCUAAUGAACUGUUUUAUGUGUAUUUAAAGUCUGUCGCCAAUGUAUCAACUGCCUGCAUUUUCCCCAUGAUGGAUCUUUGUCCAGGAUACAUAGACAGAACUAACUAAAGUUAGAAAUUCAUAAGAAAAUCUGUUGAUAUUGUAGAAAUACUAUGUUUUGCAGUUUCUUGUAUCACAAACUGAAGAUAUGUUUUGAGAGGUGCAUUUUAUCCUUGGAACUUAUUAAACUGCAGUUGCUGGAAAAAAUGGAAUGGGAGAGCAACAUCCUAGCACAUAUUUGUGUAGAGAGCUGAAAGAGCCAGUGCCAGCGUGGUUGUUUGUGAUAAUGGGAUUCCAUUCCAAAUAGAUGACAUGAAUCUUUGCAAUGAAUUAUGCUUUAGUAGAGUAACUUAAUUACCAUUGACUCUGUAACUGUUGUUUGUUAAUCAGAUGGGUAAAGUGGAUUAGGUAAUUAUAGCAUCCAAAAAUUAUACUCAGAUUGCCUUGACAACAUGAAAAACUUGUGUGGCUACCCACUCUGUUUUCAGAAGGGCCCAUGUACAUGUCUGUCGUUGCAUAAAUUGAGUCGUGAUUCCUGCAUUUGAGCUAGAUGAGUUGAGCUAGAUGACCGUUAGGGCUGCCUCCCAGCUCUAUAAUUCUGUGAUCUGCUGGACAGUUAAGUGUGCACACCUGUUUUCUGUGAUCUUUCCAACUCCCUUUGAGGUGGAAGAAUCACAACAAUGAAAUACAUUCAAGAUAUCAAUAUACACAUAACACCAGAAGAGCAGUGGUGGGCCUGUUAAUACAAAAUGCAUUACUACAUUUGAGGCAAGCCAGCACAUAUUUUCAAGCAGAUCUGACAGUUCCUUUCCAAAAAUGAAAGACACCUAUCUGUACUACUGUACUGAGAGUAUCUCAAUCAGACCUGAGUGUGCAAACUUAACUACAUAAAACCAGUUUUGUCUAGGAAGUAUUUCAGAGUUGAUUUUUCAAGGUUGCCAGCAGCAUUCCCUAAAUCAUAGAAACCCAAAUUCAAAGACUUAUACAGUGGUACCUCGGGUUAAGAACUUAAUUCGUUCUGGAGGUCCGUUCUUAACUUGAAACUGUUCUUAACCUGAAGCACCACUUUAGCUAAUGGGGCCUCCUGCUGCCGCGCAACGCCGGAGCACGAUUUCUGUUCUCAUCCUGAAGCAAAGUUCUUAACCCGAGGUACUAUUUCUGGGUUAGCGGAGUCUGUAACCUGAAGCGUCUGUAACCCAAGGUACCACUGUAUAGGAGAAGAGGAUCAAGCUUAAUUGGUUAGAGUGUGGUGCUGAUAACGCCAGGGUUGCAGGUUCUAUCCCCAUAUGGGCCAGCUGCAUAUUUCUGCUUUGCAGGGGUUGGACUAGAUGAUCCUCAGGAUCCCUUCCAACUCUGCAAUUCUAUGAUUCUACUGCUACUCCACCCAGAAUCCUCUACACAUCACUGACCCUAGCCUUCUGAUCAACUUAUAUAAUGCUACGGUGUGCCUUGAUCAAGGUGUAUUCAGAACCAAAAUAUUCGGUUGUUUAGCACUAGGAUCCGAUUGAUACUUUUAAACAUUGUUUGGCUGAACACAAACCUCCUCGUGAUCAGGAACCCUUCUAAAGGAAGCUUCUAGGUGCAUCGAGCUGAAUGUACUUAGAAACUGUCUUCAAACCUUCCUAUUGAACCCACGAAGGCCUGAAGUCCAGCCAUCAAGUGGGAACACAGGGGUUUCUUGUGCAUGCUACUGCUCCCUAUUUAAGCCCUCAUGUGUUUGCUCAAAUACCCAAAUAGGGCUACAGUUGUCCUCUCCUUAUAUGUUUAUUUUAAGCAUUUUUACUCCAUCUUCAGCUGAACUGGCUCUCUCACAAUAAAUAAAAGCAGGGCUGCCUCUGCCUCCAGUCUCGUGAUCUAAAAGGCACGACCCCAAAGGGAAAGGGGAUGUGAAAGAAAACAAGCAGACCUCGAGCACCAGUUCUCAAAGUUAAACACUAGUUCUUAUAAUGGCCAUCUGGAAUGGAAACAAUUCACAGAGAGGACGUCAGUAAAGUUCAUCUCCCUAAUCGCCACUAAAUAAAUGUUUCUGUGAUGUACAGGCAAUGACCAUUUCACGCAGGGGUUCUGUUCUCUUACAGAGCCAGAUUUCCCUGGAGAGAGGGAUUGAUUGUUAAACCACUUGGAACUUCAGCCCUGUGAGGCAAAAAAGGGUCUUUUUUAACAACUGAGCACCCUUAGCAAGCUAUAGUUCCCAGGAUUCGUUUGUGAGAAGCCAUGAGCAUUUAAAGUGAUAUGAUAGUGCUUUAAACUUAUACUGCUGGUGGACCCUUACACUGUAAUCCUAACUAUGGCUAGAAGAGUUUGGAUUUGAUAUCCCGCUUUAUCACUACCCUAAGGAGUCUCAAAGCGGCUAACAUUCUCCUUUCCCUUCCUCCCCCACAACAAACACUCUGUGAGGUGGGUGGGGCUGAGAGACUUCAGAGAAGUGUGACUGGCCCAAGGUCACCCAGCAGCUGCAUGUGGAGGAAGCAAACCCGGUUCACCAGAUUACGAGUCCACUGCUCCUAACCAUUAUACCACACUGGCUCAGAAAUCCUACUGAACUCAAUGGUGCCUACUCUUAAGUAACUGGGGUUGGAAUUGCACCCAUAACCUGGGCUGUUGCUUUUAAAAUGAAAGAUUCUGGAAAAUUCUGGAGGGGGAAAUAUGUUCUUGAGAUUCAUUAAAAUUCUUAUGCUUCUAAAAGUCACCAUCUUCUUGCAUUGAAUUUUGCUUUUAUAUUCCCCUUCAUUGGCGAAACCCCUGGACAUGAAGGAAGUGCAAGAAAUAAAAAAAGGUCACCUUUGCAGCAGCCAUAAUAGAUACGAGAGACGCACCCUGCAGGCAUCCCAAGGUGGGGUCAGGCUGACAGAUUAGGUCCUUCACAUUCAUUAAUUCUGAGCUUUAACCACAAGUUGUGGACACUGAGCAACAAUUUCAGAGAUGAGUGUCUGCAUCUUGAAUUUAAUUGUACGCAAGGCAUACCAGUGCUAUUACUAAUUCAAGUUGCCACAGAGCAAGCCAUGCAUUUAAAGAUUUUCCUCCGAUCCACGGGGAAAUCAGCACUUCAGAUGAGGAUUCCCUGUAAAUUGAUAUUCAAGAUCAGAUCCUCAGUUAUCGUUCCCGUCGAUGGACUCCUCCAUAUAGCACUUGGGGCGGUGUACACAUUUCAUUUCUUCUGUUUUUAAUUGGGUUCACUUGCAGGCAUGACAGAUGUUCGGUGCUUUCAGUUUUAACAUUAACUGCUUGGGGCAAGAGGAUUGAUUCCAGCCCACCCCCUUUCCUCCAAUAUGUGAUUGGCACUGUCAGAGCUAACCACGCCAAACCUGUUUGGCAGGUAAAUGCUUGGAGCCAGUUAUUGGGGAGCGGGCUGUGCAAGUGUUGUUUUCCUGGUGUGUGUUCUCUCAUUUUCCCUAUGGCCAGUUUUGCAGUUGCCUACGAGACAGAAACUACAGAAGUUUCUGUAGUUUGGAGUUGCUGCUUGCGAGUGUAAGCUCUAAAUUAAAGGAAGUCGCUUUCCGGAGGUGUUCCCUUUAAAAAGUGCCGAGGAAAUUUCCUGUUUAGUUAGUUGAGCUAAACCGUUUUCCUGUUCUUUUCCAGUAUUAUCCAAGAUAAAUUUUGCGGCAUCAUAAACAUUUCCGUAGAAGGGCUUCACGAUGUCAUGACUGAAGACACGGAAACAAGAACUUUCAAAGAGUUAAGUGAAAUGCUUAAUUUGUUUGCGCCUGCUGCAUUUGAUAAGCUGCCAAGAUCAUCUUGCUCAACCUUGUUUACGAAUGUUAAGAUGAAAUUUGUAUGCUUUGAUACUUAAAAGUGUGAACUAGUGUGGCUGUUCUAGAUUGCCAAUGCCUUAAUAGAGGUUGGCUCACAAAUGUAAGUACCAUAUUUUCCCGUCUAUAAGAGACCUCCAUGUAUAAGACGCCCCCUAUUUCCGAUUUAAGAAAAUGGGGAAAGAUGUAUCUGUGUAUAAGACACCCCCAAAUUUUUGACAUUAUUUUUUAGGGAAAAAACCUAGUCUUAUACACAGAAAAAUACGGUAAUCAUUUUGCAUUCAAGUUUUAUAUACAGCCAUUGACAAAUGUCCAUAUUUAUGUGUGCAUACUUUUUUGUACAGAUGAUCAAGACUUGUUUAGUUUAGAUCAACUUGCAUUGGUAUCAUUGCUUAUAAAGCCUGCUUAAAUAAGCCUCUCGUUUGGAUUUACGGAACUGUAUGCAAUUAUUGAAGGAUUUUAAAGUAGGCAAUUAGGAGCAUAGAUUUUUAGCUAAUGUAGUGCCAACAAACCAUUCCAUCAGCACAAAGAUUUAUGCUUGUGACACCCCCCCCCCCCCAGCACUUCAGAGAGCUUUUGGAGAAAUCCAGAGCAGUUGUCCAAAAAGGAGAGGUGGGGUUCCUGCUGCACAAGCUUAAAUUCCUGUGCAGAUGGGACAGUUACUACACUGAAUACAGGCCAGAAAAAACUGCCUUAGACCGAGUCAGGCCAUUGGCCCAUCUAGCUCAGUACUGUCUCCACUGAUUGGCUGUGGCGCUCCAGGCUCCAAGCUGAGGUUGUUGGCUUGUUUGGUUGCAUGAUAUCUGCACAUGGAUUCAGAAACGACAAAAAAAUGUUCUCUUAUGUGUGAUAGCAAAUAACCAGUGUGGCGUAGUGGUUAGAGUGUCAGACUGGAACCUGGGGGAGCAGGGUUCAAAUCCCCACUCAGCCAUGAAGCUCACUGGGUGGCCUUGGGCCAAUCACUGCCUCUCAGCCUAACCUACCUCGCAGGGGAGGCGGAGAGCUAUGUAUGCCUUAGAGAAAAUGGUAGGGUAUAAAUGCAAUAAAUACAUAAAAAUGCCUGCAGAGGAAAGCAGCAAUUACAGAAGACAUUGGCAUGUUACAAGCAUACUUGAGUCCACUCUUCACUUCCACCUGAAAGUAUUGUUCUGUUGUGUUUCGAUCCAUGUUUUCUCUCAUCCUCAUCAAGAGAUUUCUGGGGUUGCUGGCAUAGCAAUCUGUGAUGAUUGCUCUGGGUGCCUGGCUCAUGAACUCUUUUUACACAGUCAAUUUAUCAUGAGAUUACAAUUCUAGAGACAGGGAAGUAGAGCACUGAUCAAUGGGGCUUUUACAUUCAUUGCCUUCUGUUGCCUGUAUCCAAAAGAAUUUGGAGUGAUGCUAUAAACAGAGUUCAAGAAGCAGUGCAGGUUCCCUCUUGUGUUUAUCUAUUUGUGAACAACAGGUAAAUGUUGUUUUUUGUUUUAUACCCUUGCUUUGAAGCCCUCACACACUAUGGAGCUUUAAAAGUUACAAAACAGAUCUUUAAGGAUCCAAUCGCAGACCCAAAGAUAAACAUAACAUUGCAUUUGUGACCUUGCAUUGCAAGCACAAUUCCCUUUGUACAGUGAACCUAUACGAGGAUGCAACAAACAGUUUGAAUGAGAAGACCAAAAAAAAAAGUAUAUUAGACUUUUAACUUCUCUUGGCAUGCCUAAGUUGAAAGCCCUAAUUUAUUUGCAUCCUGUUUUUUUAGUUGCAUGCUGAUGUCUCUUUCUGAAGAGCCCAAAGUGACGGAAGAAGAAGAGCCUCCCACAGAGCAGGACAAAAGGAAAAAGAUGGUACGUGCCCAGCACUUCGAGUGCCGAAAGAUGUAAUUUAGCCAUGCAUAGACCAACUUUUUUGUUCCUCGGUUUAAUUGCUAUCAUGUCCAUAGUUCCUGAAACACUCAGCCCCAUCCUGCACUGUGCAGUUAGGCUGUGAUGUUCAUGCUUCUACUGUUCAUGUUUGUAGAAACAAGGCAGCAUAGACAGGAUUGUGAUAGCUGGACUUCGGAACAGCAUCUUUGGAUUCUACAGAAAACUAGAACCAUAUUCACACACACACACACACACACAGAGAGAGAGAGAGAGAGAGAGAGAGAGAGAGGGAGGGAGAGGGAGAGAGAGAGGGAGGGAGGGAGACAUAUAGAAGAAAUUAGAAGAUUAAGCCUGAGGAAACUCAAAAUUUACCCAGAGGAUUCUUUAGAAUUCCUUGGAUUGUUUGACUUUUGAAGAGCAGACCAAUGCAUACCACAUCACACGCUGCUUUUGAAAAUCCCCUCAGUUUCAAAAGCAGUUCACUGCCUGGCACAGAGAGCCACUAUUUAAGCAACAUAAGCCCAGUGCCCCUUUGGAGAUGCAGAACUGGUUGUGCAUGUCGUUGGAUCCUAGAAUGCUGCCAUUUGGCCCACCGUUCAUUUGCUUGUUUAUUUCAUGAAAUUUAUACAUUGCUUGCUUAUAAAAAAUAAUAAUCUCAAAGCAGUUUACAAAAAGAUAAGACUAACAUCAACAACAAUUUACAACCUUACUUUAAAACUUACAAAAGUUAAAAUACUAAAACAGAUUAAAGUUACCUCAGAUAUUCUGUUGUAGACUUCAGUUUUCAUGCAAAACUCUGGGGGCCCUUCCUCCUUUGCUUUCUAUAUACCAAAUUGCCAGUAUAUUUUGCUCUAAAGAUUUGAUAAUUAACACUGCCAUUCUUAAAAGUUAUUAAGACUUGGCUUUCCCCAUCUUGUUCACAUCUUAAUUUAGCACCUCCAGUGCCUGUAAUCUGGAGCAGGGAACUUAAUAAUCUAACCUUUUGCUUUUUAAAAACAUAGCUCAGGGCAGUUUAUGACAGACUGAGGAGUUAUUCCUCACAAACUGAGAAUAACUUACUCCUGCUUGGAAUAACUGCUUAGAGCUAAUAGCUUUUUUUAAAAAAAUAAAAAAUAGAGUGUUGAAAAAAUGUGAAAUAAUGGCUUGAAAAUGAUCACAUGGAUAAUUUAGUAUGCAGUUGAUUAAAAAAACUACACAUAUGUACACACACACAAUAUGCAUACUUAUAUGUAUAUGGUCUGCAAAACUUGCAAGAACAAGAUUAUAAAUGGGGGGAGGGAAUGCUAGAUAACUGGUGAUAACUUUAUUGACCAGUGGUUCCACAUAGUAGGGACUGGCAUUUGGUUCAUUCUCCCUCCUCUGAGUGAGCAGCUGGUGUGAAUUUGAUGCUCCAUGCUAGCAGAGACCCAGAAAACCUGAUUCUGUCCUCUGACUAAAGCGGGUAGGAAGAUCACAUGAAGAAGUCCUUGUGUGUGACUCGGCAAGAGAGCUUGCUAUCCUAGCAACUGAGUGCUAGUCCCAGCUCAUAGGGCAAGGAAUAGGAAUGUUCAUACUCCCGUUUGAAACAGAUUAGGAAGUUCAUCCUGAGGCUAGUUUGCUUUCAUGCCCAGUUUUUAAAUUAGUUUUAUUUCAAAUCAUUUGCCUUUCCUGAUUAUGAAGUUUGUGGGAACCACCAGCUAUAAUGAUAGGCUAAUAGAACAAGGAAGGAGUCGGUGAUUGUCAUGCAUGUGGGCACCAAUGUCACUUGAGAUUUGACCACUGGCCCCCAAACCAUGGGUAUCCAUACGCUCUUGCUUCACUGGUCAAUAAUACUUCACAAUAUAUCCAGUUCCUUUAAAGAAUGUGUUCUGCAAAAGAAGGGGUGGGGAGUGUUCGUUUGUCAUUUAAUAUUAUCUCAAAUACCGAUGGUGUUCCUCACUGCUGAAAAAUCCAGUUGUGUUCUCUCAACACAACUCUAUCACCCACAAAUUGAAACUCUGCUGUUCUAAUUGGCCCUGUACGUGACAGGAAUAACAUUCCUGAAAAGUAGAAUUUUAAAAGUUUUACUUGAUAAUCUAAAUUGAGUUUCAGGGCGCUCAUUCCUAUAUUUCCAACGGCUUCACACUACAAAACGUUACUGCACAUAGACAAUGAUCAGAAAUACGAGGGAAGUAUUUUAUUUUAUUUUAAAUAAUAUUUCUUAAUUUUCAACCGUUUAGACACAACAAAAUAGAAAAAACAAAAAAAGAAAAAGAACAAGCAUAACAAAAUAAGACAUAAACCAUUUAAAACACAAAACAAUUUCAUUCUCUUAUUUCCACGACCUCCUCACACCUCCCUUUUUGUAUUCCACUUCUGUUAAUUGUUUCAGCAAUUCCUUUCCAUCUUCCUCUGUUUUCUAUCCUAUAAUUAUCUUAACAUAUUCUAACCUUAUUUUUCCCUUUAAUACUCUGUUAAUCUAUUUAUACUUAAUUCCUUUUAGCAUUUCUACUAGAGCCAUAUAACUUCAUUCCAACAUUUUUCUUACAUUCAUUAUUUUUACAGUAUUUCUAUAAAUAGUCUUAAACUUUUUCCAGUCUUCUUCCACCGACUCUUCUCCCUGGUCUCGGAUUUCUGCCAGUCGUUUCCGCCAAUUCCAUAUAGUCCAUCAACUUCAUCUGCCAUUCUUCCCGAAUAGAUAAAUCUUGUGUCUUCCAGUACUUCACAAUGAGUAUUCUUGCUGCUAUUGUUGCAUACAUGAGAAAAGUUCUAUCCUUCUUUAACACCAAUUGGCCGACCAUGCCCAGGAGAAAGGCCUCUGGCUUCUUCAAAAGGGUAUAUUUAAAUACCUUUUUCAUUUCGUUAUGAAUCAUCUCCCAAAGUGUCUUAAUCCUUGGGCAUGUCCACCAAAGGUGAACUCUAAUCCUCAAAUUCGUCUGUUUUUCUUUAAGUUCAGUCAUAGCAAGCGUCAACUUAUGUUCAUCAGGUUGCCUCUGUAGGGCUGGGGCUCUCUUUCUCUUUCUCUCCAGUUGUGUUACUUUACAUUCAGCAACAACAGCGAGGGAAGUAUUUUAGGAUUCCAUAGUGAGACACAGCCAUGCUUCCGUGAAGUGCAUGUAGUUGCUCUAGAUUCUGUAGCCACCCAAUGAGUCACAGAUGUCCAUAUUAUAAUUAAGCAAGUUACAGUGAUUAAAACUAUAAAUUAAUUCCAGGGAGGUUUAUGGUUUUGUUUCUAUGGGAAAAAAUGACUCACAUGAGAGAAGUAAAUACUGUCUUUGCUGGUAUGUCCUCCUAAGUUAAAUGGAACUUACCUCCAAGUGGGUGUGCAUAAGAUUGCAGCUUCAGAAUUAGAUAUGUUUUGCUUAUAAGCCUAUAGCUUGAAAAUGUUACAGCAGUAUGAAACACUAAUCAUCAUUAAUGAGGAAUAGAAGCAGAAGAAAGACAUAGUCCAACAUGCAAGAAUAAAAGACAUAUUUUGUAUAAGACAGAAGUAAGGCAAAGGGAGAUUAUUUCCCUAUAUGAACGACAAGAAAUAGAAAAUUACUAUCCAGGCUCAUUAAUGGAAUUUUUUUUCUACUUAUCAAAGGUUCUAAUGAGGUUUGGGGGGUUUGCUGAAAACUUGGCUGGUUUACCUAGGCCUUACCUGGCUGCUAAUACUAGGUAUAUUACACUUGAACUGCUGACACCAACACUGAAGGGAUCAGAGAAACAGAAACUCAGUUCUGAAAUGUCUCAACUUGUGAAGUUAGACUAUAGUACUUUAAAGUUUGGUGAAGAAUGCCUCCUAUUGGCUAAGUGAAGAACUAUCACAAACCCUAGGAAUUAGAAUGACAAUAAUUCCAUUUUUCAAUUUUUUUUGGUCACAAAGUUAAAAUCAUUUUUCUUUCUACAGAAGUAGAUUUAGUGACUUCUGAGCCACUUAAAGUCAUAACGCUUCUUGGGUUUUUGAGAGCUUCUUCUGCUUUCUCCUUGAAUCUGAUUAGUCUGAAUGGCCUUGUUUGUGAUUAGAAUUAAGAUUUGAUCUGAUUGGUGGUCCUCAGCAAAAUUUCUGGGAGCCAUUUUAGCACUGAAAUCCUAAAUCAUCACAAAUUGUAUUCAUACAGACAAAAAGACAUUUGUGUGCUGUGAAUGUUUAUUAUGCAUUGAGGUAGCUACAGUGGUACCUCGGGUCAAGAACUUAAUUCGUUCUGGAGGUCUGUUCUUAACCUGAAACUGUUCUUAACCUGAAGCAGCACUUUAGCUAAUGGGGCCUCCUGCUGCUGCUGCAUCGCCGGAGCAUGAUUUCUGUUCUCAUCCUGAAGGAAAGUUCUUAACCCGAGGUAAUAUUUCUGGGUUAGCGGAGUCUGUAUCCUGAAGCGUAUGUAACCCAAGGUACCACUGUAUUUUAUUUCUAUUCCACCCGCUUUCAUUCCAAAUGAAUAUAUCAUAAUUUCAAAUUUUAAAAUACAUAUAUCUUGCAGUCCAUGAGCACACACCAAAAGGCCCUCAGCUACUAAUGUGAUUUCCAAGUGGAUGGAUUUAGAUGCCAAAAACCACACAGUAGCCUCUUCGGAAUUUUACUCUGUGGCAGGUACAACCAUAUGAGUAAGCAGUCAUUCACAACCUCUGACUCAUACAGCAAAACCCUAUCAUAGCUGUUCCAAAACACAUGCAAAAAAAAAAAAAAUGUGUUUUAACACUUAAUCCAUCCAUGUUGUGUGAUACUAUUAGAACCUCUCCUUAUGAUAAGCACUUAAGGGGCUAUUGCCUAACUCCCAGUUGCCUGAAUACACUCUUUAUUAUGUGUUUGCAGUUGAUUUGUAGUUAGAAUUUUUCAGCUGGUUCAGAGUACAUGGAUUUUUAUGCUGAGAUUCUGAGGCGAAAACUAAACACUGGGUGCAAUUGCACAUUGCCAUGGCUUGCUGUGAAUGCACAUGGCUUAGUAGUGCAUGCUGCUGAAUCAUUCCUGUUUUGUUCCUCCCUUUCUUGGCCUGGGAGCCAUGGCUUGAAGCACAAAUCUUGGCUUGCCAUGGUGUGUGAACCUGUGUUAAUGGUUUGUUUCUCUGCAAACAAACCAGAGUGCCAGGCCAAGAUUAGUUAUUGGCUUACAUGGUUUCUUUUGGAGAAACAAACCAUGAGCAUUGGUCCACAUGCCCUUAUAGACAAAGGCCAAGGUUUGUUCCUUCCAGUUCAGUGAAGGGAGGACAGAAGUGGGAGCGAUUCAGCAACGUACUCACUGAUUGUUCAUGAUAAACCAUGGUACUUCACAGAUUCUGUCAUGGUAGGAAAUGGCAUAGGAAAGACAAGGAAACUCAGGGCUGCUGCUUUUUGUAAGCUCUAGUUCCAGUCUUACAAUUCCUUAUAUUGUAGUAGAAAAAAAUAUAAUCUUGCUUAUUAGAACCAGCAAUAUAUAUUAAAAACCCUAUUUUGUGACUUAAUCUUUGUUUAGCGUAAUAUGCUUUGAAAAUCUUUAAGAACAUGCUGAUUAAUCAUGAGUAAUUUUUAUUUGCAGGAUGUAAUAGCAUUACAUUAUGAAUUGUGGUUUGUUUAGUUUCCCCCCCCCCCCCCAUUCUACCCUGUAAUACACUCUAAUUGAAAAAUACAUUAAUGACUGAAACAAUUUGUCUCUUUGUAGUGAUUGAUUUCAAAGAGUAUAAUUAGGUUACCUCUCAUUUAUUGACAUGAGAUCACCUAGAAUAAGUUUUUGAUUCAUUAAGCAUGAAAUCAAAUCUCAUUAGCAUCGUACUUCAUUUGAAUUUGGACGUUUUCGAUACAUUCUUCAUUGAGUGUAAAUGAUAUAAAAUUAUUAUUCUAGCACUGUUUAAUGGGGGCCAGUAUGAACCGUAUAUAUUAAUGAAAGGAUGGAGACUUUGGGGUAAGCGUAUUGUUGAUCUCACCUGGGGCAAGGAAGCAUUUUAUAACUCUUUGAUCAGAUGAUCAAAUCUUGGCUUAAUAAGCCAGACAUACACAGAGCCAACUUUAAAGUUGUGAAACGAGGAGCAAAGCAGUUGUGUGUGGGGUCCAUAAAGCUUGUACAUGCCAGGAUUUAAUCAUCCAAACAAGUAUACUAAUUUUAUUUCUUACAUUUUAGUCAAGAUGCUCUAAAAUUAAGGCGCUUUAGAAAUAUAUAUUGCCUUUUUGAAGGCGCACUCCCCAAAGCAAGUCCUAAAAGGAGGUUGCUGUAUGUGUAAACGAACAUAGAUUUUUUCAUAGAAGGUACAUUAUAAAAUAUUGACUGUGUUUCCACCUGAUAGUGUACGUAAAUUAUGCUAGAACAUAAAUUUAUUAAUUCAGUUCUCAGUGAAAUUGGUAGUUUAUGGGUUUUCCCCCAUCCCCUAACAGCUUUACUGCUUAGCAGCAAUAAAGCUGCCAAAAUACAAAACUAUGGAGCAUUUAAGUCAGCAGUGUAGAAUUACAGGUGUUGCUUUUAUUAGCAUGCUAUAUUUGUAUGCCAUCUUUCAGCAGGAAUUUCCCCAAAAUGCUUCAUGUAAAUAUGUUGAAAACUAAAGUAUAAUAUACAAUAAAUUAGAAUCAAGGCUAGAAACAGCAAUACAGAUUUCUGAACAAAAGCCAAAUUAUCAGCCCCCCCCGCCCAAAAGCUCAAUUUACCAAUAGCCAAAGUUUGCCAGUUUUCAAUAAGAUGCAAGAGAAAUUGAGGUCAUAUCCAUACCACACAUUUAAAGCACAAGGCUUAAAAAAAUCCUGGGAUAGAAAAAUUCCCAGCAUCCUUAUCAACAAACAGUUCCCAGAAUUCUUUGGGGGAAACUGUGUGCUUUAAAUGCAUGGUGUGGAAAUACUGUAGUUCAGGGGCCACCACAGAAAAAGCCCUCCUUUCACCUCACAGCCAAGUAAGACUUGCUGACAGUAAAGCCUGGGCACAAACCCAAGUUUGUGAUAUCUGUGUUGUGUUGUUUCACUAAAGACAGUCUUUUUAGUGCUAAUGUUUUACUUUAAACAUUUGAAUAUUCUUUGAUUAAACCAUAAUUAUAAGAUACGAGCAAAAAUAGGCAUUAAGUGGCUGUGUAGCCAGACAAACUUUCUAAUGGAGUAAAAAAUAAAAAUGCAACAAUACACCGACUAAUUGUACAAAGUAUUAAUUAUUAAUGUGAUUUUCAAAUUGCUUUUCUCUAGGAUACUUAAGCACUUGGGACUAUUUAGUCUCAUUGCCUCAGAGACAUUUGCAGAUCUGCCUAAAUUUCUAAAACCCAGUUAAAUAUUAGUCUCUUGGCACUGAUGUUCAUUCCGCGGUGCAGCUUGUUGUGUUCUUAUGGAAAUGAAACAGCAGCGGCAGCCAUUGCCACAAAGCUAGUUUUUAAUUUCCAAAAAAAUGCCUCAAAUAGCAUAGUCAGGCAUCACAUAUUGGAGAUGGGCCCCUCCUAAAAGCACGUGCAGAGGGUGUGUGUGUGUGUGUGUAGUUAUUACUUAUUUAUUUCUAUCCUAUUUAUAUGCCAAAACGGCCACCUCACAGCAACCCACCACACCAAGCAGUCACUGCUUUUAACUAACUGCUAGAUACACUGGGUUGUAACCAACUGUGAAUAAUUGGGCAUGCGGACUUGACUUCCAUGAACGCAGUGGGACUUCCCUCUCCCUGCUCCCCCGCCACCAAUGUAUGGGGGAAGUUCUGUGGAGCUUGCGGAAGUUGUUCCAAACACACAGUGAGUUUUUUGGACACGGCCCUUAAUCUGGGAAACUGUACAUGGCUAUAACAUCUACAUGGGACUCAGGUGGUGCUUUUGUCUAAACCACUGAGCCUCUUGGGCUUGCCAAUCAGAAGGUCGGUGGUUCGAAUCCCCGCAACGGGGUGAGCUCCCGUUGCUCAGUCCCAGCUCCUGCCAACCUAGCAGUUCGAAAGCAUGUCAAAGUACAAGUAGAUAAAUAGGUACCACUCCGGCGGGAAGGUAAACGGAAUUUCUGUGCGCUGCUCUGGUUCGCCAGAAGCGGCUUAGUCAUGCUGGCCACAUGACCCGGAAGCUGUACGCCGGCUCCGUCGGCCAAUAAAGCGAGAUGGGCGCCGCAACCCCAGAGUUGGCCACGACUGGACCUAAUGGUCAGGGGUCCCUUUACCUUUUAUAACAUCUACCUUUGUAAUGCCAACAUUAGCUUUGUACAUUUCCACAUUGAUCACUUUUAUUCUGCUGGAUUCUGGAAAUACAAUAGCUUUAGUAAACUUCCAUUUUAACAUUUUGUUGGGAUGCGGCACAGCUAACUAAGCUGUUCUAUCAAGGAAGCUGCUGCCGGCUAAAAAUAUUUUGGAGAGGCUCUCAUAAUUAGAAAACUGCUAAGGUUGGUUAAACUAGUCUGACAGAAUAAGUGAUUUCUUAUUGUUGCCUAGGGAGAUGAGAUACUAUUAAUAAGUUGACAGUUAAACUGCACAGGAUGAAGCAGGGCUACAGCACUAUCCCUAUUUAGGUCUUUGUUCAGACAACAAUACUGUGACAGGCAAAUCGUUAAUUUGAUAAAGUAGUACAUAACAAUUUGCAGAACAAAAUUGCAGAAUUUAGCAAAUUAUUUUUUUCAGUUGCUCUUACAUGAUUAAAAAGAAAUAUAUAUCAAGACAUCUCUUUUUCUUACAUCCCAUUCUCUGGUCCCACUGCAUAAUGGCACCAUAAGGUACACUUUUUGGCAUCACAGAAGACAAGAGUAACGUUGGACGGGGGGAAGACACAAGCAGGUCUAGAAUUGAAACUUCUAGUUCUGCAAAGUGACUCUCUAACCACACAACCACAGGGACAAACAGGAGAAAGGAUUAGAGAGUGUUCAAUCUCAGAAACGAAAAGAAUUUGAGGAUGGGAAAGAUUUGGAAACCUUCUUCCAACAGAGCUGUUCUUUAUUUCAAAAGAGUAUAAGAAAACAGAGUUUCUUGACCUGUAAUGGACAGGUUCCAGGCUUUCCAAGCAAAGAGCAUCCAUAUUUGUUUUUGUUCCUAAUAUAAUUCCUAUUAAUAUAAUUCCAAUAACUAUCUUAUUGAUGUUUGUGGUGGUAAACUCACUUUUAAUUUUAAACCCAAUCCCAAACCUUGGACACAGACGCUACUAUUAAUUCAUUAUAAAUCACCAUUGUAAAUCACCAUGUAAGCUUCUGUUUGAAGGUAUAGUUUGCUAUUUUAGAGUUUUCUUCAAGUUUCUCUCCCCUUCAUUGAAUGAUUUGGGGGAGGGUAUUUUUAAAAUCAGUCAAUCUGUUGUAAAUGCAGUUUUAAAAAAUAGCUAAUGUUACAUGACAUAAGGUGCUUUUCUCAAACAGAACUUUGCAAUUUAUGUUCUCAGUUUCCCUGUAGAUUUCCCCAUAGAUUUCUCUGAACAAUAUCUUGCACAGUUAGAGGACAUGGUUGUUUUUAUGGCUGAAGGAGAUUCUUCAGCAAUUACUUGGGAAGGUGAUAGUCUCAAUUUCCAUAGCAAUUCUGCUUCGUAGUUGAGGUCUUGAAACUUGGUAUUUUCUAAACCUUCACUUUUGAAACGUUGCCAGAAGGCACUGUGUGUAUCUCACAGAGCACUGGAGAAUUGAAAGAGACCCCACAGCCUUCAAAUAAUAAAUAUAUAUGUUUAUAAUCAGAGGGAGAAAGAUCAGUCAGACCAAUCCAAAAGUAAUACUGCUUGACAUUUGGGCUGAGGCUGUAGCUCUGUUGAUGUGCAGAUCUUAACACCUAUUUGCUUUGCCUUACACUUUUUUAGCCUGGGUAUUCUGAGCUAUUUCUUGGUGAAACAUCUGUCUGAGUUGGCUAAUGAGAAAUUUAACAGUGGUACUUAAGCUUUUAAAAUUUCCUGAGAGAGGUAAAACUGCAAAAAUGAAGAUAUCUGUCGUUUGGGGAUGUGAGCAAUGUUAAAUUAAUGAGCACUGCAGCUAAAGAUUAAUUUCAAUGGAUGAAAUAGCAGAGUUCCUCUUUGGAAGAAUUUGGAACGGGCAGAUGUAAGAAUUGCAGAAAACAAAAGCUUUUUUUUUUUUUUUACUCCAACUUAGAUUAUAAAAUAGAUGAAUGAGUCAUCGUUGCCCUGGGUCUGCCUGCUGUUUUCAUUAUUAUAUAUUGUUCUUAUCUGUAUCCCACAGCUUGCACUGAAGGAUCCAGUACACUCUGUGUCGCUGCAGCAAUUUGUAUAUGAGAAGCUAAAAGCACAACAGGAAUUGCUAGGAGAACAAGGCUUUCAGGCGCUCAUGGAAACUGUGGAUACAGAAAUAGUCACUCAACUCCAAGACUUCUUACAAGGCUUCUGAAAAAGCAGAGACAAAAAUUUCUACUUCUCUUUUCUUCACUUCAACAUUAUAAGGGCAAACUAAGCAGCCUUACAUCUAACUGCAAAACCCAGCUUUUAAGAGAGAAUUUCUUUUGGCAGCUACGGAAAAAGAGGCUAUGGCGCUGGAUUAUUGUUUUUUCCAAUUAAGACAAGAUUGAAAUAAUAAAUAUAAACUCUCUUCUAAUUAGUUUUACAUGCUUGUUUCACGAAAAUGCAAUUUGCAUAUGGAGUAAAGGUUUCCGCACACGAGAGGCUAUAAAAGCAGGUGUUUAAUUUACUGUUUGUAGAAUGGCAGUGGGUUUGAUCUUCCAAUCAUGUGCUCCUAACACUUAAGAAAUAGUGGCUACAGAUAUUUUUUUUCCUGCAAGGAUAUCAGCUCUCUUAGACUGCCUUACACUUUUGUUUACUAUUCAACUUGUAAUAAAAUGUAAGGUUUGAAGAGUGAAGGGAAGGAAUGUGAGGUGAGCAAGUCCUCAACUGAGUCUUCAAUUUAAAUAGUAUAAAUAGUGGCAAGUAUUCUAAGGGUUUCCUCUAUGGGGAGUUGGACGUCUUUUGCAAAAAAAGAAAACCAAUAAGGUCAUCCAAAUGUUUUGAAUUUACUAUGUUGAUUACCUGUAGAAUGUAAAGGUUUAAUAAAUUUGCUUUUGUCUUAGCUCCUCAAAAAUUAUUUUGAUUUAAAAUGUAGCACGUGGACCCAGUGGUGGAUUUCUCUAUGUGUGAGUUCAAAAUUGAUAACCUGGUCUCAGGAUGAUGGGAGGUGAAUAUAUUGAAUAUAUUAUACACCCUAAAUGAACAUGGUGCUUGGGUAUAUGUAUCCUGCGCCUCCUUUAAAAUGGUUAAGUGUUGUGAGAUAGCACUUAAUAUCUUCUGGCUGAUUCUAGGAGAAUGGGAACGACAGACCUCAAGUCUAUCUGGGAAAAUGAAGAAGGCUACACAUCAAGGAAAGGGAGUUGAGAAACUUGUAGGUUCCCAGAACCUUCAUUCCAUUUCCUCCUAUCUCACUUCCUAAUCUCCUAUUUUAAGAAGAGGCUUGGUUUUUUUUUUCUUUUUAGGCAAGGCUUCUUAAGUCCACCUGUUCUCUAAUGUAAGAAAUCAAUUUUUAAGGAAACGAAUCAGAAAUAUGCAAUCAAAACGUUAGUAUGAUACUUGCUGCAGGAAGCUGGCAACUCUAUGCAACUGUGGGGAGCCAAGUUUGCCAUGUAAACUGUAGGUUACAAAGUGUACUAGAAAAUAAAACCUGAUGUUUCCAGAAUUCAAAA